GCUAGAACAAAGGUGGAGUUGAACCUCAAUGUAUUAAAUGCCCCCAUAUGAGCAUAUAUGAGGAAAGGUGUUCAGGUUGUGAGUUCCUUUCUAACCUGACUGCCUGAGGAACAACACACACCUUCUUUCAGUGCAUAGGAGCAAGGCAAUAGCCCUACAAGGCCCUAAAGAUGACCAGGAUUUUGUCUGUUUUUAAGGCUGUCAGAUCCUUGAAACAAGGGACUGGGGUUGCCAGUGCAGCAGCUCAUUCACAAUGGGGCUUUUCCAAAGCUGGACUUCGGUUCAUGAGUGUAAAGGUACCGGGGCAUUACUUUAUUUUUAUAUUAUCCUUCUUUUCUGUUUAUUUGGCCGCAUGAUUAUUGUUGUUUUUUUAUUGUACGUUCAGUCUAUAAUUUAAGAAUAAUUAAGAUCAAUUUGAGAUACAUGCAUUAGUACAUAUUUAUAUAAUUGAGUUAAUGAUAAAUAAUGCUUCAAUAAAACCUUGCAACAACUAUUGAAUGAAUAAUUUGUGUAUACAUGGAUCCUAGCUCUCAUAUAUUUCAAUUAGCUUGAACCUCUCUCUAUAUCUGCGAUAUUUCUCGCCAGAGAGACUAAGUACUUAUAUCUGGGAUGCCUAUAAGGCUCCAAACAUCAUUCUUUAUGCAAUGCUCUUGAUUAGACUACCCCUGCUUGCAGCCUACCUUUACAUUUGAUAAAGUCUAGCUAGGGAAUUAAGAAUCACUUAAAAAGGACCUACCACUCACAAAAAGUGUGAAUGGACAAAGUCAAUUUCAUUUAAAAAUUAAGAUUGUACUUAUUCACUGACAGUCAUUUUUUGCUUAAAAAAACAAUGCAGAUAGCAUAUGAACAUAUAAGAAACAGCCAUUUUGACUAUAGAUUACUGCUCAACUUUUUAGAACUAUAGUGAAGGUAGUUAGUACGUGAUGAAACGAGAAUAAUAACAGUGAUCACUUUAUGGGUGCUUGAUGACAUUUUUGGGAAUAUGACCUUCUUAAAAAUGCACUCAUACCCCUAACGCAAUUCUUCUGUAGUAUAUGGAAGGAAAGUCCAUUUACUGUGCCUCUACAAAGAUUAUGUUUCAAAAGAUUGGAGUCUUGAAAAAUAAAUUUUCUUUGCAGUUGUAAAAAUAUUUAAAAUAUUUAACCUACAUGUUCUAUGAGGGGGGAAUGAUGAGUUUAUUUACACCUUAUUUCCAUUAAAUGCAUAAUUUGACAUUAAACGAUAACGGAUGCCUACUGUCUACAUGUAAAAUUGCCAUUGCCACCAUUUUCCAUAGACACACAUUAUAUCACCAUGUUGAUUUGCUGUACAUAAAAAUUCUGCCCUGCAGUAUGUAGAAUUCAAAUGCUGCACUUUUCCAGACCGAUUUACCACCUGAUUUACAACUUGCUGCAUCUGACUUACUGAGUACUACAUACUACAGGGUAACACUUUCUAUAUGUUACCUUUUGGUUUGUGUAAGAGAUAUGUGCCAUAGAAAACAUGGUGCAAGCCAUUGUGGGAUUUUUGCUCACCACCAGAGUACAUUGGGUAAAGCUGCACUCUGGAUUGCGGGACCAUGAAGAUGCCACCGCCAUAUUUUUAGAUAUCGUAUUCAUUUAUUUAUUUGUGAAUCAUGUUUUAUUAAAUUUUGUUUUUUUUGAAUGAGACAGUAAACAAAUCAUACCGCCAUAAAGCAAUACUAACACAUGAAAUUUUGUAAAAGACAAAGACAUUUCUUCUGUAGAUAUGAGACAAGCACAGGGCCAGAUGAUCCUUGGUUUGCUUCUUACUACUUAAAAAUGCUUUGACAAAGAACCAGGUUAUGGCACCAAAGGUUUCUAGCACCAUAACCACUCCUGUAGACUGUAGGGAUUAUGGUAGCUAAGCUGUCCCUUUAACUAGUAAAUAUUUAGUUAUAUCCACCACUAUGUCUGGCAAAUAAAAAAUAGUUUUCAAAUCUUUUCUAAUCUAAUUAAAGUCUUGUGAACAUUUUUAACCUUGAACUAGCAGUAAGAAUGACAUUAUCCAUAGAUUUCUGGUGUUUGGUAGCACAGUUCACAUGUCCUGCAUACUUACAUUACUCAGCAAUUUAACAACGAGCCGGAGAAAAUAAAGUCCACGUGGCAACACAGCACAUUCAUGCUAUGAGCAAAUAUAUAGAUGAACCAAAGGUGCUACUGUGUCAAAGUGUACUAUAUAUAUAGGCUACAUUUUGCAAUCUUGUUUUUGAGUCACCACAUUUGCUGUUUAUUAAAUAACCCCUAUUGUGACAUAUUGGUCAAUUUGUAUACCUGACAAGUUUCUUGGAGGAACAGUCUUUUUUGGGGGCCAUAAUCCAUCUAUCCCUCUUUUCUAGGAGCUCCAAAUUGUUGGAGUGUAUAACAGAGCUUCACAGCAAUAAUACUCACAGUAAUGUGCCUUUAAACUGCAUUAAAUGUGUGUAGAAAUUAGCCUGCAUAAAUAAGAUACUUUGUUCUUGUUAUACUUACAUUUUUGUUGCAUAAAUACAUUUCUCAGAAUAGCUCUGGGCACACAGUCCACUCACACCCCUAAACUUAAGUGUCCUCUUUGUCCAUUUGAAGUGUUGGGAGGUAUGUAUUUGUACAAGCUAUUGCUCACUAGGAUGACUAUUCCAAUUUACUUUACAUAGUUACAUAGUUACAUAGGCUGAAAAAAAGACAUGAGUCUUUCUCACAUCUGUUUUUGCUGUUGAUCCAACAGAAGGCAAAAAAAAAAACAGUUUGAAGUGGGGAAAAAAAGUAUUUCUUGACCCCAGAAGGGCAGUCAGAUAUCUCCUUGGAUCAAAAAGCAAUUGCCUUACAAAAUAAACAUUAUAUCCCUGAAUAUUAUGUUUUUGCAAGUAUUUAUCCAGUUGCUGUUUAAACAUCUUUACAGACUCUGAUAAAAUCACCUCUUCAGGCAUUGAAUUCCACAUCCUUAAUGUUCUUACUGCAAAAAAUCAUUUCCUUUUCCUUGGACUAAAUCUUCUCUUCCAGUCUAAAUCCGUGACCUUGUGUCCUAUGUAUAGUCCGGUUUAUGAAUAGAUUUCCAGACAAUGGUUCAUAUUGGCCCCAAAUAUAUGUGUAUAAUCUUAUCAUAUCCCCAUAAGGUGCAGUUUUUCAAAACUAAACAGAUUUACAUUUGUUAACCUUUCUUCAUAGCUAAAAUGUUCCAUUACUUUUAUUAAUUUAAUUAAUUAAAUUAAUAAGGGAAAUACCUUACUGGCCUUUGCAACUACUGAUUGACAUUGCACAUUGUUACCUAGUUUGUUGUCUAUAACAAUUCCCAAAUCCUUCUUGUGUGUUGCUAUGCCUAAUGUACUACCAUUUAAGGUGUAACUUGCCUGUGCAUCCUUACCCCAACGCACAUAACUUUGCUUUCAUCUACAAUAAAUGUAAUCUUCUAUUUGAGUGCCCAGUCCCACAAUCUAUCUAAAUCCCCCUGUAGCAAAGUAAUAUCCUGCUCACAUUGUAUUACUUUACAGAGUUUUGUGUCAUCUACAAACAGUGAAACAUGACUUUAAAUGCAUUUUUCAAGAUCAUUUUUUAAAUAUGUUGAAUAGAAGCGGUCUACAAUUUACCACUUUUGUCCAGCUUGAAAAUGUACCAUUAAUGAAAACUCUGUGUACUUUGUCUUUAAGCCAAUGUUCUACCCAAAAACACAAUUUUUCAUCUAGAUCAAUUUCUUUUAGUUUGACCAUUAACUUAUUGUGUGGAACCAUAUUGAACACCUUGGCAAAAUCCACGCAGAUCACAUGCACUGCAACACCCUGAUCUAUACUUCUACUUACUUCUUGGUAGAAUGAAAUUAAGGUAGUUUGACAUGACCUAUGUUUCAUAAAACCAUGCUGAUUUUUGCUAAUAACAAUGUUCAUCCCAAUGAAUUCCUGAAUAUUAUCCCUUACUAAUCCUUCAAAUACUUUCCCAGCCACAGAAGUUAAGCUCACAGGUCUAUAAUUUCCAGGCAAAGAUUUUAAACCCUUUUUAAAAUAUAGGAACCACAUCUGUCAACCUUCAAUCCUUUAGUAUAAUUCCUGAAAGAAAAACAUCCUGAAAGAUUAGAACAAGAGGUUCACUUAUUUCCACACUUAGCUCCUUAAGUAUCUGUGGGUGAAUACCAUACACCAGAGAUUUGUUUAGCUUACAUUUCUCUAGUUGCUGCAGCACCUUAUCUUAAGUCAUCCAACCGCAAUUUUUUUGCAUGGUUUUUACUGCAAUAAUAUGCAUAUCUCUUGCCAUUGAAUAUUUCUUAAUAUAUACUGAGGAAAAACAGUUAUUUAAAAUUUCUGCCUUUACCUGGUCUUCAUUAACUUAAACACCCAUCUUUGCUUUUGUUUUUUUAAUUCUUUAUUUUUCGUGCAUGAGAUAUCAUAACAAGCUUUCAUGCCAUGCCCCAACAGCAAGAGCAUGUUUUGAGAUAGACAAAGCAUAACAGUUGUGGCAUAGAAAAUAAGUGCACAUUUUUGUUUUAUAUAAUAGACAUCAGAAAAAAAAAACAGGGUAGUAGUCAGUGGUGUGGUAACACAUCUAAUGAUAAAACUCAGGUAGUAUCGGCUGACUAUGUAAGUGAAGAUUACAGGAGUAACCUAGUUUUUUGCAUGUGAGGCAUAUUUGUAAAGAGAUGGCCGUAACAAUUGACUGACCAAGCAUAGCGUGUGUACACUAAUAUAACAAGAGGUCAUAACAUCUUUAAGCAACCCUGUCUAGUGAGUCAGGUGUGUAAGAACAGGAAGAGUUAUAGGUAAUGCAAUAUUCAAGUACUAUUAGGCACAGCUUGGGUUAUCAACCUUCUACUGGAUGUUGAGAAAGUAUUGUAGCCACUGAAGUCUGGGCAGCCUUACAUUGCUAUGUGUCUCAGCAUAAUCAGCAGGGUAAUAAGCGAGGAUCUGUAUAGCAGCCCUAUACAAAGUUCACAAUAGCAGGUUUGUACAUUCUCACCUCAUAUGUGUCACAAUUAGCAUGUUAAAGGGACUACCUAGGUGAGGCAUAUCACAUUGGGGGGGGCACAAAAGAAUACAAGAGACAGUCCGUUGGAUCCUGCAAGGGUUCGGUGCUACAGGAGUGGAUUACAGUAGUGUGCGCCAGACAACCAGUCCAAGCUCAGCCGAUGCCCACGCGCGGAAAGUUCCUGAUGGAAGUAGGGGAUAUACUGGGUUGUUCACAGUUGCGGCUCAGUCGUGCGAUGCUCCUCCGCUCACGGCCGGUGUCGUAUGAAGCAGGGCUUGGAUCAACGCAUGCAGGUCGGUGAGAGCGUGGUAAGUCCUCCCUCCAGCCCCAGGCCGGCUUACAGGCCGACAUCUUCAUUCCAUGGACCCAGUUUUCUCGAGGGGCCGGGUCCCUCUCCCUGCGGGAGUGACAGGGGGUCUUGCUGGUCAGCCGCUGGCUGCGGCGGUGGGCCCUCCGUCUGUGUGGGCGAAGUCUCAGGGUUGCGCCCAAAGUGGCCUUCGGCCCAGGUAGGUCAGUAAUAGCAGGUUUGGGUGUUUUUUAGUGCAGCUUGGCCCAAGAGGAUCUUCUGCGCCUUCCAGCACUCGCCUCUCCGCUCUUCUACCCCAGCUCGUACUGGUGAGAUUGCGCAGCCUUUCAUUAGGGCUUCCCAAAAGCGCUGGAAGUGCCUGUCUAUCCGCUGCAUAAUGUGGUCCAUUGAGUUGUGGCUCGUUGCAGUUUGCUCGCUUGCAGUCUCUGUUGGCCAGGGUGCCGUCGCCAUUUUGUUGAGUGUGGCUAGGCCCUGAUUCUGCUGAGUAGUUAGGUGCUGUGGCAGUCAAUUAGCAUAGUCCUGUGGGGACCGGGAUAACCCCCGCUGGUCCAAGGGGGGAGGGGGAGUGAUUUACUGGGGUUUCUGCAUCAGCUUCUGAGCCCAAGGAUCGGCCGCUUCCUCGUGGCUCAGCCGCGUGUAGGCCUCAAGCCUCCAGUGAAGAAAUCCAGUGUCCCAGACUCCCAAGAAAGGUACCGUCGGGUGCAGCUACCUCUCCUGGUUAUUAGUAGUGGGAACAGCGAUCUGAGUGUCCGGGUUGGCAAGUAAGGCACCCCGAUUUUAGUCUCCAGACAUGGGAACUUGUGCUAAACACGUCUGGGCUGCUUGGUUGCUAGGCUCCGCCCCCCACUCAUCUCUGUUUUAAGUGUGCCUACACUUUAUUUUUAAAAAUUAUUAUUAUUAUUAUUAUUUUGGCAAGUGCUUCUCCAGUUGAAUGGUUGUCAAUUGAUCACCAUUGUUUGUUGAAACCAAAUCCAGACAAACAUGCUUCCUACAUGAAAAGUGUACAGAAGGAUCAGCGCUUAAAAACUUAAAUAAAGGCAGCACACCUAAAUGGAUAGGGCUCCCUCAUAGGCCUUAUAGGUAUAUAGGUAUAAGGAAGGAGAGAAAGGUGGCACCACAGAGAUAAUAUAUAAAAUGAAAAAUAAGAAAGUAGUAAUAUAGAAAUAAACAAUGACAUAUAAUACAGAGAGAGAACAAUACAAAUAAUAAUAGGUAUAUAUAAAGAACAGUCCAAAAAGAGUCCAGUAAAGCCUUUGGAUGAGAGAACAAUCACAGUUCUAUUUGAGGUAGUGACGUCUAUGGAGUAGUGGGAUCAAGGGGUUCUUGGGAUCCGUAUGAAAGAGAAAAGAAAAUCUAAUAGUGCAAUAAAACCCAAAUAGGUAGCAGCCGAUAAAAGAGGUCUAUAUGGUCCUACUCACAUUUUUGAGAGCUAAAAACUAGCUCUAGUAUAAACAGCGUACAGUGGUAUAAUCCCCAUUUAUGGGAUAUGUGAGGGAGUGUUGUAAGUAGAUAUGUCGUCAGAUGGGGACCAUAAGCAGUGGUGUACAUACCAGGGUCGCAGGGGUCGCGGUUGCGACCGGGCCCGGCCCACCAGGGGUCCCGGCCGCCCCUGCGACCCGGUAUGUACCCACAGGGCCAGCCUCUUCCCCUGGGGGGCCCAGGAGCCGACCACCCCAGGGCCCCCUGAGGCUGGCCCUGCUGACACCCGGAAGGCGGGUGGCCGGUCGGGCAGGCGGGCGCGCGAGGGAGCACUCACUGAGUGCUCCCUCGCGCGCCCGCCUGCCCGACUGGCCACCCGCCCAGGAGCCCAGCAGCACCACCACUGGACCCCAUGGAAUCCCCCCAGCACUCCAAAAGGUAAGGAGGCUGGGGGGAUUACAUUAAAAAAAAAAAUUAAUAAACGUGUUAGAGUGAGUGUUAGUGAGUGUUAAAGUGUGUGUUAGUGUGUGAGUGUUAGAGUGAGUGUGUGUUAGAGUGAGCGUUAGUGUGUGUCUGCUAGUGAUUGUUAGUGUGAGUGUUAGUGUGUGUGAGUGUUAGUGUGUGUGUCUGCUAGUGAGUGUCAGUGAGUGUGUUACUGUGUGUGUCUUACUGAGUGUGUGUGUUAGUGAGUCUGUUUGAUGUCUGUUAGUGAGUGCGUGUUUGUCAAUGAGAGUGUAUGUUUUGUAAGUGAGUGUGUGUAUGUCUGUCGCUGAGUGUGUCUCUGUCAGUAAAUGUGUGUGUCUGUUAGCUAGUGUGUAUGCGUCUGUAAGUGUGUGUGUGUGUCUUCAGCACUUACCUUUCUCCAGCGCCGGACUCCCUUGGCGCUGGGGAUCCCUCAGCCUCUCAGCUCCAAAUGCAACCGCGCACGCAUUCAAACCGCCCAUAGGAAAGCAUUACUCAAUGCUUUCCUAUGGACGUUCAGUGUGCUCCUCUAGCGGCUGUCAGUGAGACAGCCACUAGAGGCUGGAUUAACCCUCAGUGAAACAUAGCAGUUAUGCUAUGUUUUCAGCUGCAGGGUUAAAACUAGAGGGACCUGACACCCAGACAACUUCAUUGAGCUAAAGUGAUCUGGGUGUCUGUAGUGGUCCUUUAAGUGUGUGUGCAUCUGCAUGCACUGGCGUACAUACCGCGGUCGCAGGGGUCGCAGCCCUGUAACCCCUGCGACCAGGUGCCCACCGCCAUGUGUUGCGGCCCGGCCCGCGCGCGGGGGGGGGCCACGGAUCAAUUUUCGCACCGGGGCCCCAUGGGUCAUGUGUACGCCACUGACCAUAAGUAAUAUAAAAAACAACAAUAGUGCUCACUGUGAUAAAAACAGGAGAGUGCAUAAAAAUACCAAAUGGUUACUCACAUUUAAUUGGGCAGAUGCACUGCUCAAUGACAGGGACUAGGUGGUAUAAUCCCUGGAGUAGUAUCUCUCUGGAUCAAGUAAAGCUCAGAUGCCAGGUAGUAAAAUAAAAUGGUAAAAAAGAUAAAAUGGCUAACUCACAACAAAGAAACUGGCCAAAUUACCUUUAUUAAAAUCCCCCUUGGUGGGGAUUAUACCACUUAUGUCCUAUCAUUGAGCAGUGUGUCUGCCCAAUUAAAUGUGAGUAACCAUUUUGUAUUUUUAUACACUCUCCUGGUGUUUUGAGUGAGAGACGCAAUUAUUGAAGAAUGGGGUGCGAGUGUGCUGUAUUGCUUUGUGGAUUUUAUAACGUUAUUAAAAUUACCUUAUUUUUUAAUAUGCAUUUGCUUGAGCCAAAAGCAGUGCAGGACUAUGCCAAUGAGCUAGCCCUAAAUAGCAGAGUCUAGGUCAGGAGAGCUAACGGACACUUCUAGCAGAAGAUUCCAUCUCUCCAUGGUGUCUGAGAAUAGCACCUGGCAAACCCAAAGUAAGAAGUCAAACCAUUAGUGAAUCGUUUGACUACUAACAUUGUGGGAGGUGCCAGUGCACUUUCAGCACCUUCCGGCACCAUAACCACUAAAUGACACUGUAGUGGUUAUGGUGCAAUGAGUGUUCUUUGUUUGUAUGAAUUUAAUUUAUGGUUUAUUUGUUGCAAGCCUGUAUUAAACUUUAUUUAAACUUUAGCAUGCCACAGACUUGCCCACUGUGUGGUUUAUGUAAUGCAUGUGGCAUGGAUCGGGCACUCAGAAGGUUAAAGUGACCAUAACACAUUAAAAUGACUUUUCCUGAUUCAUUAGAUAUUGUAAUUUAUUUCACAACUAUUUUUUGCAAGAGUGAAAUCUUAUUCAGUAACUCAUCCAAGACAAAAGUCAAGUGUAAUGAGUAGUGAAUGUAGUAAAAUCUGUACUAUUUAUAGGGAUAGUAAAGUAAAUGUCAAAAAUAUACAUUGUUACGCUGAUGUAUACUGCCUGACCAAGCAGAGAUAAUUAUCACUUGUUGCAGCACGGGACAGAGAUGACAAUAGAUUAGGAGAAAAGAAAAAAAAUGACAAUUCAUUUGUAGAUCUGCAAAAUUUCCCUGCUUGAACUCCUCUGACAAAUUUUUACCUUUAUUUAAGGUUAUUUAGUUCAAUUGGAUGGACUUUGCGUUCUUUAAUAUUUACACAUUGAGGUGAGGUGAAUGUCCGAUGGGAUUUUAUCUUUUUGGAAAUUCACAGAAGUGCCAUAUCUUUAAACCAAAAUUCACAGAAAAAUAAAAAUAAACCUGCUCUUUACUUCAUAUUUGAAAUUUAUAAAACAAAUCAGGAGUUUAUUCAAUAAAACUAUGAUCCGGAGAGAAAUGCAAAGGAAAUUAAAAGGGUCUGGUCAAAGUGAUCAUCACUUAUAUUUCCAAAUCCACAAUUAUAACCUAACAUUUUCCGUUCUAUAGUCAGUUCUCCAUAACUCCUGUUUAGUUAAUAUCCCAAUCAGUUUAUACUUCUUUCAUCAACACCUGUGGUAUAGUGUCCUAGUUAUAGACAGUGAUGUAUAGAAGUAACAACAGAUCAGUUAUGUGGGAUCUAUCUACUAAUGAAUCUUUUUCAAAUCAUGAAUAUAAGAACAAAAGGUAGAAUGUAGAGAUAAAAUGUAUCAUGGCACCUUCAUUCAGUAGAAGAGAGGAGUGAGCACGUGUGAGUUGGAGAGAGAGAUGUUCUACGUGGGGCACAGAUCUCCUGCACCUCAUGUUAUAUCACCAGGUUUGGCCCUGAAUCCCCAAGUUUCUUUAUCCCUAACUUCCCAUUAAAACCUGAGAAAAAAGUUUUUAAAGUGUGAUGGGAGGAGAUGGGGAGAGACUAUGGGUGGAAGUUUUAUAAGUGGGGAAAUCAGAGCAAAAAUAUGUAGACAUAGAGUCUCCCUCCAUGCUCAUAUAUCUCUGUCCUAUAGUGAAAGUGAUAUCUGGCUUCAACCACAGGUGACGAGGCAUAGCUGACACACUGAAAAAUAAAAUACACAAUAGUAUUUUAUUGACCGCGCUAGAGACAGCAUAUUCUUCAGGACAGCCUCUGGGAGUUUAACAGUGGACACAACAUAUAGAUUGCCUGUAUGCUUUUGGCAGAAGAUCAGAGAAGCUGCUUGGCCAUUGCAGUGUUACAGGUUCAUAGUACAAUUAAUGUUGCUGGAUUACUUCAUUCAUGAACACAGACACACACGUUUUUACGGAAACUGAAUAGUUACUCAGCAUACUGUAUGCAUUCCUGAGAGCGCAUUGUUUAAAGAUGCACCGUGCAAAUUUUACUGAUCGACUGAAACCAAGCUUCCCCAAACUCCGGCCCUCCAGAUGUUGCUGAACUACAACUCCCAUGAUUCUGUGAAUGAAAUAGAUGGGCUGAGAAUCAUGGGAGUUGUAGUUCAGCAACAUCUAGAGGGCCGGAGUUUGGGAAAGCUUGACUUAAACCCUGUAAUGGUUCUUUGAUAUCUGUUGAGUCAGACCAUGGCAGAGCUUGUCCAAUGGUUCUUGCUGUGAUUAGGGAUCAGACAUACUAUACUAUAAUCCUUUGCAUGGGGCAUGGUUGUACUCUUAGAGGCUCAGAGUAAACUAGGGAUGAUCUUACCUUGGUCUUCAGCAGGCCUGCACAACCUGCAGCUCCCCAGAUGUUUUUAAACUACAACACCCAUGAUUCUUUGAAUAAAACAGAUAGCCAACGCCCAUGAUUCAUUUAAUGAAACAGAUAGCCAACAUCCAUAUUUUUUUAUUGAAACAGAUAGCCAGGAGAUCAUGGGAGUUGUAAUCCAAAACAUCUGGGGGGCCACAGGUAGUGCAGGCCUGGUAUACAGCUUCCAUGUAUCCACCCAAAGUACUCACUUCUUGUACAACAAUGGGUUUCGUUAUUACCCUGUCUGCAUUAAAUGUUUUAAUACAAAAAGCGUUAGUGUCGUCAAUGUCAAACUAUACAACAAAAAAGAGACUAAAUAAUGGGUUCAGUGACAAUAUAGUCAUGUCUCCUAUUUGAAUUAUACUUCCUUAUGUUUUUUAGGCACACACUGCAAAUUUAGUGCUUGAGGAUGGAACAAAAAUCAAAGGAUAUUCUUUUGGACACCCAUCUUCUGCAGCCGGAGAAGUCAUUUUUAAUACUGGCUUGUCAGGGUAGGUGAAAAAAUGAUAUAAACUAUCCCUUAAAAAACUAAUUAUGUUGUGGUUUCCUUAAUAUGGAAUACAUGAUGUGUACCUGAAAAUGGAUCAUUUGUGUACAGGUAUGUGGAAGCGAUUACAGACCCAAGCUACCAUGGCCAAAUUCUCACCCUCACCAACCCGAUCAUCGGCAAUGGAGGUGCACCGGACACCAAAGCAGUGGACUCCUAUGGCCUCAUGAAAUUCAUUGAGUCAGAGAAAAUUCAGGUAACUCAAACACUAACAUUCGACUGACUCUGCAUUCUAUUUCCAGAAUAAGUAUGGACAUUUUUGUAGAUACCACUUGCAUUUCAGUAUAAAAAAACUAAUUUGUCAUAACAAUAGCAGAAUUUGUAAUUGUGUACCUUCCUGUCUUUCUAGACUUCUGGCUUGUUGGUUCUUGAUUACAGUAAUGAGUACAGUCACUGGAGAGCUGUCAAAUCUCUAUCACAGUGGUUACAGGAGGAAAAGGUUAGUGACUAGUUUUCUUUAAUAUGGCUUCGAAAGUCUAAGUAGGCAAUUGUUCCAUGUACUGCAAAACAUAGCUUAAUUUACAUACGAUGUUACUAUAUACAAAACCCAACCACAACUGCCUUUUACUUAUAUGUUAAAGGAUUACUCAAAACACCAUAAACACAUCUGCUUUUAGAAGUGGUCAUGGUGAUGGUUGGAAUCAUCUGUAGAUGCAGCAAUUCUUCUUGAAGCUGUGGAGUCAUCACAGCAAUGGAAUUUUGGCCCAUAGAUCAUCUCGAGAAUGGGUGGAACAAGCUCUUGGAGUAUGCAAGGUUUCAUUUACCCAUUGUAGGGUGGAAAUUACAUUAAAGUCAAGUACUAUCUCUGAAUACUCUAUUAUCCAGUGGGUAGUAGUUCAGUAUUACCUUAGCACCAACCUUCUCUGCACUAAGGAUACACCAUCUAUACAAUACACACGUGUUAAAACACUUGUCAGCUUUCCCAGUGCCAGAAGAGGAGUCAAGUCAAGACCCGCACAUGCCCUUUAUCUGAAAACCCUUAGGACAUACCUGGGUCUCUGAAAUAUUGAAACACGUGUCCUACGGUGAAUGGAAAGGGGGUAUUUAACCUUAAAACUCUGCUAUAGUAGCAAUAAAUGACACACAGUUCAUAGGACUUCUUAUCACUAAAAACAAUGAAAGUGUCAGCCAGGCACAGAAUGACCUUGAAAAGUAGACCAUGCACUUUGGAUCCAGGAACAUUCCGUAAUACUACAGAGAAUUCUCUGCUAUACGCUUCUGUUGUAGUGAAUCAAACUCCACAAUAAGGCUGAGAAUGAAGUGUAAUACAAUUCAGACCAUAAACAUGCCACAAAUCAAUUUCCACUUAAAGCACAAUGCUGUCCAUUUAUUAAAUAAGAACUGUUAGUCUUAUCACCCAUUCUUUACUGUUACAUCAUACGAACUUUGUCCUCAGUAAUUUUGAAUAGUUCGAAACCCAAUACCAGAACACUGCAGAUGUUUUUAUAUUUAUAUAUUUUAACUUUUCUUAAAAAUAACAGACAUCACUGUGCAGUGUGUACUGUACUGCCAUCUAGUGGCUCAUCUUAAAUAGUACAGCAUGAUUUGUAAUUUCAUGCCAACAUUCUCUAUUUAAAGGAUUAUAAUUGCUACAAUGAAAUGUUACCCUAUUUCACAUAAAGAACAAAAAACAUAAGACGUAUAUCAAUAUAUAUUGCAAACAUACAAGUUCUUGAUUUACAUUUUCAAUCAACUUGCAUAUAAUUAAUUCUCUUUUCAACUGUGUUAAGGACACCUAUUAAAACCAUAUCUUAAGACAAGUCUUAUUAUUACCUGCAAUAUAUAAAAACAAUUGUUGCAAUAACUUCUUCUAUAUUAAUUCAUUUACAUUUGAGUUCAUUCCUAGUACCAACUUUAGCCGAAGAGCUCGUAGUUAGUUUGGCAUCAUUAAAAUAUUUACCACUGUAAUAUUUUAUAAUGUUUCUUUAAUAUAUCUUCCACAGGUUCCUGCAUUAUAUGGAAUUGACACCAGAAUGCUCGCCAAAAAGAUUCGGGACAAGGUAUGGUUUUAUAACAUUUUGAUGAAUUUACAGCAUUAUAUCUUUUUCCAGAAGUUUUUUCCAAAGCUACAAGACUCAUAUACUACCUUAAAUUCAAUGUUAGCAACAGUGUGUGCCCUCUCUCACCCUUUUGAAAAAUAAGUCUUAUCAAAGUCAGCUGUUUUAUUGUUCUUUAAAUGGAUAUUCUAAGCACCUAACCAACAUUACCAUAGUGGAGUUAUUUUGGUGUAUAGAUCAUGGCCCUGUAGGCUCAUUGCUCAAUUCUCUGCCAUUUGAAGUUAAAUCACUUUUGUUUCUGUUCAUGAAGCCCUAAACAUAUCUUCCCUGGCUGUGACUGACACAGCCUCCAUGAAAAAAUUGUUUAAUUUUUAUUCAGAUUUCACAGCACAGUGUGUUUAUUUUAGAAGCUAAUUGUCUGUUAAUUGCAUUAUCUUUAAUCACACACACAAAACUCCUACAGGCUCUAGCAGGCAAUUAACAGAGGAGAAGAUAUUUUUCUUUUGUUUCUACUACUUACAGGAAAUGUAAAGUUAUACCAAACACAACUAUUGUGAACUGUAUAGAACAGUUUCCAAGCUCAGGUAGAUUGUUUUGUAGGAUUUCAACAAUUUAAAAAAAAAUUAUAAAUCCACUCGCUCAAGGGAAAUUAAAUAUUAACGUCCAAUAUCAAUAUUUUUGUUUCAUAAACACCUCUCUCAUUGAUAGCUCUGGUGGGUGGACGUUGAUUGAUCAUAAAUAUCAGAGCUCUGAGAUUUGCGGCUAAAGUGGGGCAUUCCAAACUGUGUAGUUUGUUAAUGCAUUAUCUCUAUAAUGCAUUUAAUUAUGUAGCACCCCUCUAUUCUUCCUAAAACAUUUAUAUAUUACAUUUUCUAUUAUAAAAGAGAAUUUGCUAAUCAAAUAUCUAAUUUAGCAAAAGAUUAUCACAAAUAAUCAUUUGCUUUGAUAUGCUUUUUUUCAUCACAGAACAGGGGGAAUUGGAAAUAUUCAAGGUUAUUGACAAUGGCCUAAUUUGUAACACCUCUAGUUUAAUCUGUAUCAAGAUCAUGUAUUUGAGAAAUUGUGUAGGGACACUUUCAUUAAAAUGCACACUACAAUUUAUCAAGAUUGAAAUAUUCAGCUUCAGGACCUGUAUUCAUCAGCUUGCUAGGGACUGAUUUAUUCUUCCCUAAAAUGAACUAGCAGUCAGAUAUAUGAACAGCGUUGUGAGUUCACUCAGCAAUUAGAGCAAACAUUAACAUGUAAUUUCAUUUCUAAUAUCCAAGCUCAGUAGAUGCAUCUGAUUGUUAAUUUGCUAGCAUGUUGUGUACAAUUGGUCCAAAUAUGCAACAUUAUUCACAUAAUUUGCCAAUUUAAUUAUGGAAAAAAAACACAAAACUCAGCAAAACUUUGUCAGAAGAAUUACUACUUAAUCAUUAAUGAAUCUACAGUGCCUUGUUUUCCAUUUGUCUUAAGAGCUAGAGAAACAAUAUAAUGCAUCAUUAUUACAUGGUACAGUUACCGCGUAAUGUUUUGUGAUAUUUUGUAACAUUCCAUACAAAUCUUUCUACUUGUUGCUCAAAACGGCAUUUCUAAGUUCCCUAAUUGCUUUAUAUUUUCCACCCAUCCAGGGGACCGUGCUGGGCAAAAUUGAAUUUGAAGGACAGCCCGUGGAGUUUGUAGAUCCCAACAAGAGAAAUUUGAUUGCUGAAGUAUCAACACAGGUUAAUAAGAACAGUGCUACUUCCUGUAUAUCUUGUCUAGAAACAGUCAGGAGGAAUUUGCAUAAUUAAAGAAGAUUUGCAGCACGUCAAUUAAUUAUCACACAGGGUUAACCUCGUAUUGUAAUUUGUCUUUCUGAACUUCUAUCGAGUUGAUGCUGACAAUAUUUGAGACCAAUUAUUAACCCAUUAACUUAAAAAAAGAUUAUUACUAGACUUGUGCAUUGUGUUUCAAAAAAAUUGAAUUUUCCAAAUUUUGCCUUAUUGGCGGUCCAUCCAAAUCCCCGAAUUCUGAAAAGCUGCAUGGACGAAUCACAGCACAAAUGAAAUGGACAAUGAAUGAAAGCCAUUUUGCUUGUUUGUGAUUCAGAGUUCCACUGUGGUUCCCCAAAAAAGCUGAUUGAUGGAAAAUACGAUGACUGAUUUUUGAAGUGGACAGCCACUAUAUGUUGAUUUUCUUCACAGAUCAAGUGAGAAGUGACCAAUAAAAGAAAAAAUGGAGGAAAAGUAAACAAAAAAAAUCUCUUAAAUAUACAUAUAUAUAUAUAAAUAUAUAUAUAUAUAUAUAUAUAUAUAUAUAUAUAUAUAUAUAUAUAUAUAUAUAUAUAUAUAUAUAUAUAUAUAUAUAUAUAAAAUAGGGGUUUUCUUUUUGUACUUUUGCUCUUCUUUUCCCCUUGACCGAAUACUUCUUCUCAAUAGAUCUGUGAACCAAUUGGCAGGAAAAUGCUCCUGUCAUAUUUCAAAAUAUAUCUACUUACAUUUUGCAGUAUACUUAUUGGACAAUUUCAUGUUCUUUUGGUUUGUCCAAUUGGUUUUCCCAAAAUGGUUGCAUGACUAUAUAUAUAAAUAUAUACACAUUUUUUAAAAGUUAUGGCAGCUUUCACGGUCUUUCAAGGUAGUUUAACCUUCAAACAUCCUUGAAAGACAGUAAGUGCUGCUUUAACUUUUUUAAACUAUGUAAAUGGGCCUUUUGGUUGGAGCACCCAGCAAUAAAAAUAUAAAAAGCCUGAGUGCAAGGAUUUAUCACUAGCAAAAUGUAUAUACUCUGCAAAUAGCAAUAUAAUUCAAAACAAAUGAAACUUACAGAACUCAUAGGCCUUUUGUAAAAUAUAAUUAUUAGUUUAUUAAGUGAAUAAAUCGUAACAAUUUAAAGAUGCAUUACAUAUAGAAACCUAAAUGUUUUUGUCCAAAACUUUUUUUCAAUAUUUAUUCAAAAUAAAGGUGUCGGGCUACAUUACCUAUGUACUAGUUGGUAAAUCGUAAUGUCAGAGCCCUGUGCUGUGAAUCCAGAUAGAGGAUUGUGGCGGGACCGCUGCCUGUUCGUACAUUGCCUUGUUAUAAGUUGUGUGUUUCCCUGCUACUUCAUAUAAAUGUGCCUGCUCCCAGUUCGGGAGGUUUUCCACGAAGGGAAUUGAUUCACCUUCCGAAAGGGACCACCCCAAUACCUCGUUUAGAAUGUUGGUUUAGAACGUUUGCACCUCGUAAUAAGGUAUCAAAACCUCAAACCGCAUGGGAAGCCUUGGAGUGGCAACCAUUUUGUAUAGGUGAAUGCCAUCCAGGGGGAGCAUUCUCAGAUUGAUUCCCACCUUGUUUGGUUCCCAAACAAGGACCUUCCCCGUGCCCAUUGGAAUGUUCGCACCAAUCAAUUAGAACGUUCACAACUUGCAACAUAAGUGUGAAACUGCAAGGGAAAUAAUUAAUGAGUGCUUCCCUGGGUGACCGCCUUUCGUAUAGACAAGCGCCAACCAGGGGGGGCAUUUGUACCCUCAAAGGAGACGCUUCCCUUGCCUGGUUUCACACGGGAACCCCGCGUAUGGAAGCUGUUCGAGGCAGGUACUAUUACGAGGGUCCCUGGGGAUUGGUGUGGACAUCCUUUGGGGACAAUGGAGGGUUUGGGGAACAAAUAGGCAGGGGGUUUCCCACGCAGUGCUUCCAAGGUACUGAGACUCAUGGGAGGGAGACACUGAGUGGCGAGUCUUUCCAUGCCUGGGAGAUGAAGGGUCCCCCGCUUCUCCCGCUCUUUGGCUCCCAAUUAUGAAGGAUCCUGGGAAAAUGACCCCCUGUUCCCGGAAGUGGGAAACCCUGUGUUUGGGUGGCAGGAACAAGGGACAAAGGAACCAGAGUUCUGGUCCCACGCUGGGACCCCUGGGAGAUGGAGGGUCCUGGUAAGGGACAAUGUCCUUGUGUGUGACCACCACUUGCAUAGGGAAAAGUAUAAAGCCAAGUGUGGCUAUAGUUGUUGUUGUACCCUCUGGAACUGUGUGUCGUCCAAUUACUGGGGGAGGAAUGGGUCUCAACGAUAGGUAAACGCCGUAUCUUGGAUAACAUAAUAAUAAUAAUAAUAAUAGGUAACCGAACAAGCUACCCCUGGCCCGCUACAGGGAUAUAGUGCACCCAAUAUUAAAAAAACUGCAAAGCUUUGUGCUCCUUAGAUUGGGAGGCCUCCACCCAGUCCUGAUGGGUUUAUCUGGUAAAACCAUUUAAAUGUAACACUGGAGUGUUUAAAAGUCUAUUCUAUUUAGAUUGUUUGGGCUCCACAUUGUAUUUAAUUUAGGCUUAACGUGCUUUAGAUCCAGUGGUGCUAGGGUUCCUUGCCACAGCUCUCCUCUGCAGAACUGAUGAUCUCCUGAGAAAUCUGGUGCUUCUCAUACAGAUGCACUGAGGCAGAGGGCGCAUGCACAGCAAAAAAAGUGAGAAACAUUGAUAUAGACUUUAAGGGACAGUUAUCCACUAACUAGUAAUUUAAAGGUUUACUACAACCACCAUGACCACUCAUCUUUCGGUUUGAAAGGCCGGCUGUCUUGAUUAUGAUACUUGAAUUAACCCAUUAAAGGAGCCGUGGUUUUGCAACCGAGAAGGGCACCCUCCCUGCUGUUCAAACCUGUCACCUUAUAAAAGUGCUGAUUUUGCUUGAAAUUAAAGCACCAUAACAACUUCACUUUCACCAUGAAACGUGGGCUGUAGUGGUUACCAUGCUUGGAAUAACCCUUUAAGGAGCCAUGGUUUUGGUCUGCUGAGAGCCUCCGAAACCCAGUUCUAAUUUAUACUGCUCAAAAUCCGUAUUUUCAUAUUCAAUUUUCCACUGAAAAUCUGAUUUUCAAUUAUCGAAACGUUAUAGUUUCUUUAUUUAUACAUUUAUUGAGCUUGAAGUGGCUCUUUAAAUUACUGACACUUUAGUUGAUAACUGUCUGUGAAUAAACUUUGUUGCAAAUCCAUAAACCUCAUAUUUAAAUCGACAUCGAACUGUUAACCCGUGCAAACAGUUUGAAAGACAUCUGUCUAUGUAUAUACAGUACGUUACAGGGACAGAAGUGACUUAACCUGGAUUCCAGUAAGUUAUCAUAUCAGUAUUCAAGCCGUUUUACAUAUUUACAUACACAAUGUUCUUAAGACACAGCAGCUGCUUCUGAUCCUUUUUGUUGUAUGUUUAUCUUAUCAAAAAUGCUAUUAGAAUGAAUUAUGUUUAAUAAUUCAAAAUAAUCCUUUAUGAAAAGUUAUUCAGAUUCCACAAUGCUUGUUUAAUCAUCACAAUAAUAUCAGGUCAUUGGAGUGCUUGUUAAUAAGGAUGACUUUUGGAAGGUAUUACGCUGACAUGGCUUCGACAGAUCUCGGAGACAAAAGACAGAAUAUUUUAUAACUGCGCCUUGAAGGCUUAAAAAGCCAUCUACUAAAAUAAAGUUGACAAUAAUGAAAUUUACCAAUGGCAGUAAUUAGUGAACACUGUAAUCUGUCUGCUUCAGUGACAAACAGCCACUUAAUAUAAACCAGCAUGAGAUACGUUCGUUUUCAGCAAGAGCCAAAAAUUGAUUUCUUAACAUCUGCUUCUGCCUCUUUCAUUAAGAAGCUGUUCACACCAAUAAAACCCUUGGAAAAUAUUGUAGCGGUUGAGGUUCGGAGAAAGAUUGUAUUAGUUGCAUCCAGUUUGUUUCACAUGUGCCAAUGAUGAUCAAAGAUGUCUCCUGCAGUGAUUAGCUUCACACAAAUACAUCUGUAUCUUCAAAGAGUGAAGCAGUCUUAAAAACAGAAGCACUUCUCAUUUGCGAACAGAUCAUUUGCAUCUUAAGGAACUUUUAUAUCAGCUAUAGAGAACAAACAUUUAAACCGUGUGAGCCUUUUAAGUCCCUAAUGUGCAACAAAGACCUGCUUGGCAUGGAUGCUGUUAUAAAGUAACAUUUCUUUAACAUGUUAAUAAUUAGUCAAUUUCUGUAAAUGCUUAGAGUUCUACAGCUGGAAUAGUCUACAGAAAUCAAUCAUUGACUUCCUGUGGUCUAAUAACAUAGUACAAUCACUAUAAAUCUCAACCAGAUUUGUCAGACAUUACACACAGUGGAACUUCGGAGCUCGAACUUAAUCCGCUCCUGAAGGCUGUUUGAUUUCCGAUGUGUUUGAGAACCAAAUCAACAUUUCCCAUAAGAAUUAAUAUAGAAUUGAUUAAUCCGUUCAAGACCCCCUAAAUGACAGCAUUUUAUAUCUAUAUGUAUGCAUUAAAAAUAAUUCUCAAAUGACCAUGCCGCCAGUGUAUUAAUUAGUCUGGCGGUGUGGUAAAAGUAAUGUUUAAUCUCUUUUAUAUUCCAAAAUUAAGAUUCCUGACAUCAUUUAUUAAUGGAUGGAUAUUUUGUGCAUGAUUCUCUUUCAGAAUUGCACCAUAGUACACUUUUGUGGGUGGACUAUAGUCUAACAUGUUUGCACCCCAUACAUAACAGUUACCAUGUACUUACGAAUGUUACCAAUACUUUUUCCACCCAAAAGCAGGCAGGUGUUUACUAGAAACUAAAUGUAAGUCCAUAAACAUUGCCUUAAAUACUUCAAAACUGAAAUAUACAUAGGAGUAGGAUCACCUUUCUUCAAUUUAGUUGGAUGUUUUUAACUCCCUACUGUACUCCAGACCUGUGACACUAGAGAUGGGACUUGCAAAUGCACUUUUUUCUGACUUGAAAAUGAGACAUGGCUCUUUGUUGUAUGUUCGGGUACCGAAGAUCAAUCGCGCACUGAGACAUUUUUUAACUCAAAAUUUUCGUUCGAGUUACGAAUUGUUCCUUGACCUUUCGAGUUCCCACUGUAUAUCUAUAUGUAAUUAUUAAAUGUCCCAAAAUCUAUCACUAGGCUAUGAUUAGGGAUAAGGGUGGUUGCUGUAGUCUUGCACCAGAGUGUUACAGCCUUGCAGGUGUCCAAGUCUUGCAAUGGAAGCUAUGAAAAAAAGUAGUCGUCCACACACUCAAAGUGAUAGCCAAAAAAAAAAGCAGUUUUAUUGGAGCAAACAAAAAGUAAGGUUUCAUCCCUGACCGGAUCUUUGUCGAGCUUGACAAAGACCUGGUCAGGGUCGACACGUUGCUGUUUGUUUGCUCCAAUAAAACUGCCUUUUUGGCUAUCACUGUGAGUGCCUGAACCACUACUUUUUUCAUACUAACCAUGAUGUUUGGCCUUCCCCAGAUCCGGUGCACCAUGGCAGCUUGGUGAGUUUGGUUUCCCACAUUCCACUACUAUUGCAAUGGAAGCUGUCUUGACUCAUUGCGUGUGAUAGUCCACAUUAUGGAAAUAAUUCAAAUGUGGUAAAGAUCAGCACUUUGUCUGUAUGUUGUUACCUCUGCUCUGGCUUGAACCAAUCGUUACAUUGUUUAUUAAGUCUUAGAUGGCCUAGAUACUUACAUAUGCUGAUACAGAAAGUAAAACUGCUUCUUUCUUCCUCAUUUGUAAUUGCAGGAGAUCAAAGUGUAUGGCAAAGGCAAUCCUGUGAAAAUUGUAGCUGUGGAUUGCGGUGUGAAACAUAACAUAAUUCGCCAGCUGGUGAAGGUGAGAUAUGUUCAUGCCAUGUUGGUGCAAUAUGGUCGACUCUGGCAGCAAAACGUCCCAUCGGAAGGUUUCAAGCUCAAUGUAAUGGAGCCUCCUGUACCUCAGUUGGGUACCUCCGCAGAUGGAUUCUCCUAGUGCUUACGAGGUCUCCGAGCACUUCUCCAGACACCAUAAACACUGCAGUCCCCACAACCAACCUACGACAAGGCUCCAGGUUCCAGUGGGUGAACCGCUCUUCCUUCAGAGAGUGCAGCAGGAACAGCUCUUACAAGAGCUAAGGGAAUCCAAGGGAGUAUAGUGUUUAUAGCAAUCCCUUGUAGUGAUAUAGCAGUUCCCUACAAUAAGAGACAGAACUCAGUAUUGAGGGUGAAGAAGUCUGAGAGUUUAAUGGAGGCACACUGGCCUUUUAUGCAAGUUUCCCAAAAAGGGUGACACCCACAUGGACCUUGUUGGGCACAGGGACACAAGUUAACAAACUAAUAAAAACAGUAAUUAAAUAUACGCCACUCCCAUAACAAGCAUACAAUACCUCCUCUCUGCCUGUGAUAUAAUUAAGACAGAUAAUGCAUUAACUUAAUUAUCCCCAGGCAGAAAAACCACACAUUUUUACAAAGUCUCAAAAGUACCCCAAAACACAACAUAGUUUUGCCCAGGCACAGAUAUGGUCCCAUGCCCAAAACAGUUCCAUAGAAUUAGUCUAAGCGGCCGGUCUAGUUCGGUAGUGUGCAAACGAACAACAGAGUCAAUAGUCUUACCCUUGAGCUUGUUCCCUUCAUCCAGACGAAUGAUCUCACCAAACAGUGCCCUUCUAAGCUGAAUAGAAAUGAACGCAGGCGAUGAUGGAAGUCCAGCGGUGUUCGGGAGUUUCUGUAUCCGAUUUUAGUUCCAGGAGAUUCAUGCCCAAACACCGCUGCCUUCGUUCAUGCAAACAAGAUGGCCGCCACCUCGUGGUUGUUCAAAGGAAUUGCGACCACCCAAACGAACAAUUAGAACACUGUGGUGUGAAACUUUCCAAGUUGUUAAUAGGUGUUAACAAGCUCCAGAGUGGUCUCUGUUCAUGCGGUUGUUCGGUAAACGAACCAUAUAGUCCUAAUUGCACGAACAGAGACUGUUAAAAGGAUAUUAGCCAGUUUUAUUGCAGGGGCCAUAGUCGCAGGGUAGGAGGCUGGCAAACAGGCCCCUCCAAAAACCAGUGUCGAGCUCACUUUCACCACACUCAACAAAUAGAAUUCUAGGAUAUGAAUUAGACACAUAGAAAAGGUAGGUUGUGGUCAACAUGAUAAAACAAAUCAUGCAAAGUGUGUAUUACAAUAGAGGAGCCGAAUGUAGUUGGAUCAUGAUGUUAGCAUGAGACUUUUAAUCAUGAGCCCAAGCCAUGAAUGACAAAAUGAUAGGUACAGCUUAAAUAUCACAGUAUCCCAGAAAUAGACAAUAAUAUUGCCCUUGUUAGCUGUCUUAUGCAGCUGAUUUCACCCAAUCGGAGCUUCAAGGUUCAAGUCCUGAGACAGAUUGUUAUCGCUCUACUGAGUAGCACUCAUCUUCCCUUGCCAUUAAAUGGUUCAUGUACAAAGAAACUCAAGGCUUUGAGAAAAAAAGACAAGCAAGGUCAUAUCCGGGGCAUCUUGAACCCAGUCACCCCAAAUAAUAGUAGACUAGAUAUACAUUUAUAAGACAUAGAGUACCACAGUGCUGUUUGCAUUCAAUGAAAAUAGGUCAAUAGCAUUACUAAAUAUGUUUCCAUAGAAGAAACACAGAAAGAGUAUAGUAAUAUAGUUUAAUGCAGUGAAACCUACAAUAUUACCUUAAACUCCAGUGUCAGCCUAAAAUUCUUGAGUACUCUGAUGCUAAUGUCAUGUUACCUGCUCAUCAUUUAUUACUAAACAUUAUUCUGGUUCUUAUUGCAGCGAGGAGCCGAGGUAAAUCUUGUUCCCUGGAAUCAUGACUUUUCAAAAAUGGAGUAUGAUGGACUUUUUAUCACGAGUGGACCUGGAAACCCAGAACUGGCACAGCCACUUAUACAAAACCUCAGGAAGGUAAGAGUGGUCAUGGUCUUUAGUCUUGUGAAUUAUAAAAGCUCAUGACACAGAUUGAAUUGACUGGCCAAGUAGAAGUUAGGAACCUAAACCGAUAACGGAUGAUGAGUACUGAGCUGUCUUUCUAAUCAUCAGGUCUUCAAGAGUGAUCGCCCUGAGCCAGUAUUUGGCGUUUGCAUGGGGAAUGAAAUUGCCGCUCUUGCAGCUGGUGCCAAAACGUACAGGCUUCCCAUGGCUAACAGGUAUUGUAGGGCAUAUGCCAACUCAUAGUACAUGUAGUGAAACAUACAUCUUAAUCUUAUUAGACAAUAUAGGAAUGUAACAACAUUUGAGGCCAUGAGUAAAAAUCAUAUACACAUUGUAGUGAUACUAUUCUGAUUUUAUAGUUUAGAUUAGAUACUCUGUGUCUCCGUGGUAUAGGCUAGAUAGUAUAAAGUUUAAUUUCAAUAAAGUUUCCUUAGGUCAUAACAGUCUAAUGAAAAGUUAACCACCUGUGUGCCGGAGGAAUUAAAUAUCGCAAGAGAUAAAACAUAAAAAAACAUAAUAUUCUUGUAUAACAUAACCGUUAAUUUAAAUAACUUCAUUUUUUUCAAUGGGUUUUCCAUUAAAUUAAAUGAUUUUAGAGUGCAGUGACUUCCAGCAAGUAACAGUAAGUUUCGAAUUAAGUUAAAAAAAUUUAGGUCGAUAUCUAUUUUUCGAUGUGGAUAAUCUGGCUCUAAUUUUCCUUUUCUCCAUAACUCCUUAUACAUAUAUAGAAAAGUAAUGCCGUUAAGGAGCUCUAGAGACAUCAUUUUAAACCAUGAGAUUGAAGGUUGGGUUUAGAGUUUAUUUAUGCCUGUGUGCUAUACGUUGUGGUGUUUAUACAGAUUAUCAUACGUGUUCAUGGGUGAUUUGUAAACCUCUUGUUACAGAGGACAGAAUCAGCCUGUUAUGAACACAAUGAACGGGCAGGCCUUCAUCACUGCACAGAACCAUGCCUAUGGUGUAGACAGCAACUCUCUGCCUGCAGGUUGGAAACCACUGUUUGUGAACAUCAAUGAUCAGAGCAAUGAGGUAGGUAUCUUAGGCUUCCUACAAGCGGUGCUCUACUGGCUGUUAGUUACAUUUCUCAUGAUGUCUCCAGAGUGACAUUUGAAUGGAGAACAUGCUGGUUUGUUGAUUAUAUACACCCUUUAACCCCUUAAGGACACAUGACAUGUGUGACAUGUCAUGAUUCCAUUUUAUUUCAGAAGUUUGGUCCUUAAGGGGUUAAAAAGAAACAUAUCAGGACAUAAAAUAAAAAUGGCACGGUAGAACUAGCCAAUAGAAAUGUAUUUAAGGGUUAAUAGGGCACUACAGGAUUGAAGUCAUUCAUUUAAAUAUAUAUAGACAUACAUAUACAUUAUAUCAUCAGCUUGACCAAUCAGGAGCAUCUCAUUCUGGUCUAUGGAUGAUGAGCCAACACGCAGGUGUAACUCAGCAACAUUUAAAGUGCAGAAUCAACAAUAGCUAUUUAAUUCUGUUUGCAGAGAUUAGAACAAUUAUGGUUGUAAGCCUACACAAUUGCGUACAUCUGUAUUUAAAUUAAUUAUAAAUCUUAUAAAAAGGAGGAUGUGACUAGUAUAUUUCUAAGCUCACUGUGCCCUGCCUCAGUUCUCCUCAGUAUAGGGGUUUCUAGGACUUGUAGCACAGUAAUCUGCUUUCUACUUCUGCUUCUUUAAAAUCAGAAGCAGGACAUCAUUGUGCAGCAGUAGGAGAAAGCGAGUCUGAUCACUUCCUCUCUUCUCCCCCUGUCUGGAUGUUUCAAGGUGAAGAGGUCUUCAAACAUCACAUAUGGAAAUCUGUCAGGCAUGCCCAAUGCACUUUUCCAGCAUUCCUAGGGAUAGGAUAUUGAUUAGUUAGAUCAGUGUUCCCCUUGGAGUGGGUGUGGAAAGCAUAAGAUGCAGGUAAAUAUGUCUGCAGAGUGAGGCAACCUUCUCAUUCAAAGAUAAAGCUUUUAAAUUAGAAAAAGUUAUCUCAAAGUGAUGCUUAUUCCUUUAAGUAUAAUAUGUAAUCUGCAUACUAAACAGCUAUUCCAUAACAUAAAACACAUAGUUACAUAGUUACAUAGCUGAAAAGAGACUUGCGUCCAUCAAGUUCAGCCUUCUUCACAUUUGUUUUUUGAUGUUGAUCCAAAAGAAGGCAAAAAAGUUUUUUUUUUUUAAGCAUUCACAAUUUUGCAACAAACUAGGACAAAAAUUCCUUUUUGACCCCAGAAUGGCAGUCAGAUUUAUCCUUGGAUCAAGAAGCUAUUACCCUACAUUGAAAAAUUAUAUCCUUGAAUAUUCUGUUUUUGCAAGUAUGCAUUUAGUUGCUGUUUGAACAUCUGUAUGGACUCUAAUAAAACCACUUCUUCAUGCAGAAAAUUACACAUCCUUAUUGUUCUUACAGUAAAAAAACCUUUUCUUUGCCUUAGACAUAGCACAUAUUACCAAACUUCAGUGAAGGAUAUGUUCAAUAUGUAUAUAUGUUGGCAAUUUCUCGACCAUGGUGUAGUAGACAUGUGCAAUUCGUUUCGUUCCGAAUGUACAUUUGUACGAAUUUCAUGCCGUUCGGACAUGCAGAUCAUUACGAAUGUCUGAAGUGCCAAGGUUCUGAAGUUUCAUAGUUCCGAAGUGAAGAAGUUCGGUAGUUUGGAAGUGCCGAAGCUCCAAAGUGCCAAAGUGAUUCGGAUUUCUAAAAAUGCAAAACAAGAGAGUUUGAGGGAAAAUUACGUGAAUGAUGACAGGAAUCUUGAUCAAUAAGCUAAUUCUUUUGGUCUUUUAAGGUGCUUUAGAUGAUGGGGUCUCUUCUCUGUUUAUAGUAGUCCUGUUUGUCUCGUGAUAUAGAAGACACAAGAUAAAAGACCAAUCAUAUAGAGUGUAAGGGUCAAUAUAUGUGAGAUAAAGAUAUAAAUAUUCCACUCACAUUUAGAUGAGCUAUAGCCAGCUCAGGUAUAACAGGCGUACAGCGGAACAAUCCCCGCUUAUGGGAUAUAUGGAGGGAAUGAUGUCGAACUAAGUGUAGUACAGGCCAACUGCACUCUGGUAACAGCGUUGGUGGUAUGAUCCCCACCUCGGAUGAGCUUGUAAGCACGUAGUAAAAUCAAUUAAAUGCCAGGAAAAAAAUAAAUAAAUAAAAUAGUGUGUAAAAAGAUAGUUGGCACAGAUAACAUUGUUAUCCCAUUUUGAAAAAGCCCUAGUGGCGAAACGCGUAAAUGGUUUUAUAAAUUGUGUAUUUUAUAUAAUUUUUGGCUAAUAUCUGUGCCAACUAUCUUUUUAUACACUAUUUUAUUUUUUUUUAAUUUUUUUUUUUGGCAUUUAAUUGAUUUUACUACGUGCUUACAAGCUCAUCCGAGGUGGGGAUCAUACCACCAACGCUGUUACCAGAGUGCAGUUGGCCUGCACUACACUUAGUUGGACUUCAUUCCCCCCGGAGGACAAUCAUCCAUAUAUCCCAUAAGCGGGGAUUGUUCCGCUGUACGCCUGUUGUACCUGAGCUGGCUAUAGCUCAUCUAAAUGUGAGUGGAAUAUUUAUAUCUGUAUCUCACAUAUAUUGACCCUUACACUCUAUACGAUUGGUCUUUUAUCUUGUGUCUUCUAUAUCACGAGACCAACAGGACUACUAUAAACAGAGAAAAGACCCCAUCAUCUAAAGCACCUUAAAAUACAUUUAUUGCCACAGUGCAACUUCUAAAAUCUUUUUGGACUAUUUUAUAACUUUUAUAAGUUUUAUUUAUAUGUCCUUUUACUAUUUGUCUUUUUACUACUUUUAGUCCUCAUUGAUAAAUUUUGGCGCAGCCUUGCAUUACUGUUGUUGUUUCUCAUUCUUACCAUAGAGGGUGCCUAUCCACCUUGUUAUUAUUAGCACUAACCUCCUUUCUUGUUAAUUCCUUUGUGCAAUGUAAUACUUGCUUGCCCAAUCCGGUUUCACUAUUCCCUGUCCAAUGAAAUUAGCACAUUUUUGUGAUUGAUGUUAGAGGACAGCCAAUUAAUGUGAAGUUUUUGUCACUGACACUUGGCCAAUGAAGGCACACAGAGUCAUUGCGGUGGCAUAGUAUAUAAAUCAGACUGUUAGGGCGUUGGCUUGCAUUCAUGUGACCAGACUAGUUGUGAUAGCACAAGAAACUGAGAGAGAUAAAUUACAUUACAUUUAUUGUACUUUACUUGUUGCAAACUUGCAGAACCACAUUGCUUUUAAGUGUGUGUUUCAAAGAGAGAGAGAAAGAGUGAGUUUUGCCUUUUUUCUUCUUCUGCAUUUUGUUUAUUUUUUUUGAAGGGGGAGUGGGGGUGAGAGAGUGUGUGGCUGUGCAAGCCAGGUCAUCUGAUUGCCAGGGUGUCAAUCUGCUGCACUGUGACUUUGCAACAGUGAUUAAUUUUGUGUUUUUUUAGUUUUCUGUGAUUUAAUUUAAAUAAAAAUUUAAUUAAAAAAAUUGAAACCAUAAUGGAUUAUCCACCUCCUUCUCACAUUCUCCCCUCAAGCAAAGUGACUGAGGAAACUGUUAGCCGUCAUGUCGCUGCUGUUAGUACCACUACUAGCUUCUCCAUCAGUACUAGUGUUAAGAGGCAGAGCACAGGUAGUGGUACAUUUGUUUCCUCUUCAACUCACCUGAAGCAGAGGCAAAUAAAACAGCAGGCGCUGCUAGUGCCACCACCCUCCUGGCCUCUAUAAUGCCUAUCUUCCCUCCCUGGGCAAAUCUCCCACAACUACCCCACUACUACCACCACCACAACUCUCCCUGGGGGACCCUACACUACUCUUUCUACCAAACAUCACUUGCUCUCACUUUACUCUCUCUCUCACACACACUCUCACAUGCUUGUUCACACACAAAUUGCUUUCUCUCUGUUCUCACACUCUGAUCACUCUCUGCUCACUCUUUGCACACUCUGCUCAUAAACCCUCCACACAGAUGGUGUCACAGGGGUGGGAUUAUAUAGUGUGCAGAAGUGUUACAUGCUGGUAGUGCUUCCUGAUUGGCUGCACUAUCUGUGCAGUGAAAAUAUCAUUUUGUAAAUUGUAUAUAUACUAAACUGACACUACUAAUUAUUAACUAAACCUAGACCACUUCUUUAAGAUUAAGUGGUCUAGGCCCUGCUGUGGUCCACUAUGCAAUGUAAAAUAUUGCUGUUUAAGAAAAAAAACACACAAAUGUUUAUUUUUCAAAACGUACGACAUUCCAAACUGCUGAAUGCCCGAAAUGAAUGCCCGAAUGCCACGUGCCCAAAUGCGGAAUAUCCGAACCGAAUGCCAUUCGUCAGUUUGGAAGUGCUGAACUGAACCGAAUGCCAUUGGUCCGAAUUGCCGAAUCAGACACAUUUUUUUACUUACCCGAAUUUCCGAACCGAACCGAUUUCUUUGCCCAUGCACAUCGCUAGUGUGUAGAGUAUGAUUUUCCAAAGCAGGACCAUAUCAUCUUUUUUUUUCGAGUCGAGAAUAUAAUUAUAUAUGAAAUAAUUAAGUUUAAUAUAUAAUAAAUAGUGGAUAUCAGCAGGCCACAUGCAUAUGUGGUUAUUUUUCACCUACAUUUACUGAUUUAUUGAGGUAUUUAUACACCUAGGACCUUUCUGGAAUAGGUGUUCACUAGAGAAUUUAUGUAUUGGCACCUUCCAUGCAUUUCAGAUCUAAAUAUAUUAAAUCACUCCUGACCAGAUCUGAUCAAAACCCAGCCAAAUCACUGAUUGCCACCCACUUGACCAGGGCUAGGCAGCCUUUGACACUCCAGAUGUUGUGGACUACAUCUCUCAUAAUGCUCUUAGAGCCAUAAUGCUGGCAAAGCAUCAGGGGAGACAUAAUAAAAAACACAUGGCGUGCCAAGGGUUGCCAGCUAGACAAUAUGCCACUCACCCUCCAUGAUUAUUUAAUAAUCAAUGGGAAGGGGAGUCUUGAUUCCCAAGAUAUGGGCAUGACAAUACUGCAUAUUUAAAUGUAUACAACACAAAAUAGGGUAUUUAUGUUGGAUUAGCAUUAAGAUUGAAGAUCUCGAUAUGUCUUUCUUCCAACAGGGAAUAAUGCAUGAGACCAAACCCAUCUUUACAGCACAAUUUCACCCAGAAGCCAGCCCUGGACCUACUGACACAGAGGUACAAUUAUAGCUCUAUGGUGAAAAUGUGGGAAAUUCUUGUAGUAUUGUGGCAGUUACUAUAGCAAAAAAAACAUAAAGUACCUUUUUCUAUCCUAAUUUUAGAUUUUGUAAUGUAUUUUUAAACUACAAUAAAUGUGUUUAGAAAUUAGUUUGUGUGAAUAAGAUAUAUUGUUCUUAUUACAUUUUAGUUGCCUAAAUUUUAUUAGUAAGUCACUUAAUAUUUCUCAGAACAGUACCCUCACAAUCCUAAAAUAAAGUGUCCCUCUUUGUCCUUCAAAAUGUUGCGAUUUCUGCAGAUAUAGAAGUCAACUAAUGUGUUAAAUAUAGAUCUCUCAAACUUCCUGUUUGUCUGCAUCUGGGAAUUUAAUAAAUAUACUUAUUGACUACACAAUUCCUGUAUUUGAAAUUACAAUAACAAUUUUUACAAUUUUUUUUUAAAUUUCAGUUCCUUUUUGAUGUUUUCAUGUCAAUGAUAAAGAAGGGCAAAGGCACCUCCCUUGCUUCAGUAAUGCCAAAACCAGCCCUAGAGUCCAAAAGGAUUGAAGUAAGUAGAACAUUAUAAGCUGAAGAAAUGAGAAUAACCCAAACAUUUUUCUCCACGAUUUUUCGGCAAAUCACCAAAUCUAUUUCCUUUUUUAUUUAUUAAUUCUUACAUGAUCUAAACAAACCAGUGAAUAAAAAACAUAGUAAAUAAUGCACACAUUUAGUUAUUAAAACUCUGAAUUAUAUUUGAUUUUAGCAUAUUUUUUAUAUAUAUACAACACAUUUUACAUUUUAGUAAAUUACAUUUUUUUAAUUCCAAUGUCUAGGACAAGCCUUUAUGCGCUCUUGUUCAUGUUUUUUUAUAUCGUUAUUCUUUAAAGGUAUCCAAGGUUCUCAUUUUGGGCUCUGGAGGUCUUUCCAUUGGACAGGCAGGAGAAUUUGACUAUUCUGGAUCCCAAGCUGUGAAGGCUAUGAAGGUCAGUCAAGAGAUUUAGGAUAUUAUUUUGUGUGUGGGAGAGAAAUAUUUUACAUUAAAAAAUCCAGAAGAAAAAUGGGAAAAAAUAUUUAAAAAAUUGGUCUACCAAAAAUGAAGGAGACCUAAACAAUCAUGAAAAAGGAAUCCCUAACAAAGGGCCUUACCCAAAUAGUAAUAACAGAAAACAUCAUAGAAAAAAGUCCUCUACAAUAGGAGUACCAGACAGGAAUCCCUAACAUUAAAAUGUAUAAAAGCACCAAUCCAUUAUUUAAUUUAUGGAAGAUUGAACAUAUUAUCAUGUGUAUAUGUGAAACUCCACAAUUGCUAAUAGGUAGAAAAAGACAAGAUAGAAAUUGAACACACCAAAAUAUCCCAAUAAACAAUAGACGUUGAUAGUUUAUUACAUUAUUGGUAUGGUGAAACAAAUAUCACAUUCACAUUACUUGGUGAACCACCAUCACAAAAAAAUUAAAUAAAAACAAUUAUGGUAUAAGUAAGCACGAAAAUAAGAUUUUUUUUUAUCUCAAUUGAAACAUAAGGUAGACUACGAUUAUCUGGACUGGAGAUGCCACUGGGAAAUAGGAGAAAAGGUUGAUACUAUGUGUAUAAAAUGAAACACUGUAUCAGUAAAACUCCUUCAAGAUAAGAAUCAGAAUAAUAAAAAAAUCCCUACACAGAUAGAAAGGACAGGGCCUGUGUUACUGCCAGCUAGAUAGAAAAGAAAUGGUGGUAGAAUCUGUGUAGUCUGGAAAGUUGAUAUACUGCUAGCACUGCAGAUAUUUAAUCAGUUACUACACACCCAAGACACCUCCGAGCCCAGGUGACGUUUAACCAGGGCUGCUACACAACGCUAAAUCAAUUGUCACCCAAAACCAAAUGAAAACACCCAUCAAUCAGUGCCCAUUAAAAAAAACAAAAAAGAGAGAGAAAGCCAAGGCACGAUGUGUAUUUCAGCGCUCAACAUGGACUUUCAUCUGGGGCUAAAACAAUCUUGUCACCUGAAAAUAUCUCUGUAGACAUCAGUAUAAAAUUAUAUUCUCACUGAAUUAUUAUUUUUAUUCAUCUAUCUAAAGAACGUUUAAAUGACACCAUUAUUCCAGUCGAUGGCAGUUUUUCAGUGCAAGUGAACAUUUUGAAUUGUUUUGUAAUAUUCAAACUCUCUUUAAUUCGUGUUCAGCUGCUCUGAGGCUGUUCAAGUUUGAAGAAUGCAUGCACAGCUGGACAAUCUAAUACCUUAUCAACAUUAAAUAUAAGUUGGAUUUAAAGUGCUAUAUGAAAAAAUGUCACAUAUAGCUCAUACUAUAUAUUUAUAUUUUCUAUUUCCACUUGUCUGUAUCCGCCAUGGAUGAUAGGAUGGCCAUGUAUGGUGUAGAUUUAAUAAAAUAUAUAUAUUCAAUUUUUCCACUUCUUUUUGCCACUACUUAGGAAGAAAAUGUAAAGACAGUUCUCAUGAACCCAAACAUUGCUUCAGUCCAGACUAACGAGGUUGGCAUUAAGCAGGCAGAUACAGUGUACUUUCUGCCCAUCACACCGCAGUUUGUCACUGAGGUCAUCAAGACAGAACGACCAGAUGGAAUCAUCCUGGGUAUGGGCGGUCAGACUGCCCUGAACUGCGGUAAGUACACCUGCAUUUAUCUGAGAUUUACCACCAGAAAAAUACACUAUAUAGUGUAAUAACUGCCAUACGAUAAAAUAGAUUUUCUACUUUAGCUAAACUGCCAAUCCAUUGAUAAAUCUAACAUAAAUGCUUUAUAUGUACUGCUGUUUUCUAUCAAGAGAACCUAUAUCACAUCGAGACCCUAAUGGAUCAGUCAGUCUGUCUAUUUAUCUCUUACUUCAAAUAAUGCAUUUUAUAAUCUUAUAAACAUUUUAUAUGUAUUAUAACAUUUCCUGUAGAAUCUGUAAGAACUUGAUUUCAAUGUAUUUCCUUUAACUAUCUAGCAAUAUGAAUAAUUGUCUUUUCUAUCAAGUCAAUACAUAAUAGAUCAUUAAGACCCUAAUGGGUCUGUUGUUUGGCCCGCCCGUCCGUCCAUCCUCCAUUUGUCUGUCUUUUUAUCUAUCUAUCUAUCUAUCUAUCUAUCUAUCUAUCUAUUUUACUAUAAUGCAUAUUAUAAUCACAUGAAAUGUUAUAUGUAUUAAAUUUUCUGUAGAAUCUAUAAGAAUUCUAUUUAAAUUAAUCUCCUUUUUCCUAUCUAGUGAUAUGAAUAAUUAAUUAUAAUUAUUUUGUAUGUAUCUAUUGUCUCAUUAUUUUGCAUAUGAAAUAGGUGUGGAGCUGUUCAAACGGGGGGUGCUGAAAGAAUAUGGAGUGCGAGUUCUUGGGACCUCUGUUGAAUCCAUCAUGUUCACUGAAGACCGGCAGCUUUUCUCUGACAAACUAAUGGAGAUUAAUGAACCUAUCGCUCCUAGCUUUGCCGUGGAAACGGUAACCUUGUUUCUUAGGGUUCUUGAAAGGGCAGCAAUUACAGUUAUUAUUAUAACGAUGAUGAUUAUAUGUACAGAGAUAUGGAUUCAAUUCCAAAGUGCUUCCCAGUAUAACUGUAAAAAAAUCAUGUUUAUAAUACUGAUCAGCAUGCAGGGCACUUUCUUAAAUGUUUAUUAAUUGUAUACUUGGUGUACAAACAGCUUUUCAUUACACACAAAUUGACUGCAAAUAAUAAUUACUAAGCAAGAUCGUUUGCCAUUUUCAUUAGUCAUUUUGAUAUUAUGAACAACCUGAGUCUAUACCAUGAAUUAAACACAGCUCCGAGAAACCUCCAGAUUUCUCUAGAGAGCCUGCCUACCUAUCUCUUCCAGCUUUUGUGAUUUAUAAUUUCAAUAAAACCAAAUAUUUAAUUAUGAUUACAAUUCAGCAAAGUGUUGAAUGGCCAGAGUCUGCCACUGAUUUGAAGGAUUAGUAUAUACGUAACCAGGGGACGAUCUGACUGUACAUUUAAAAAAUAACAGCUCAUUUUCUACUUGUAGGUAAAAGAUGCUUUGGAGUCGGCUGAUAAAAUAGGCUACCCUGUCAUGAUUCGAUCUGCUUAUGCCCUGGGUGGCUUGGGGUCAGGGCUGUGUCCAGAUAAGGAGACUCUCACUGAUUUGGCAACAAAGGUAAAAAGACUGAGCCUUUCAAGGCAGGAAGAAUUAACUGACAAGUGUUCCAUUCAGUACAACUUAUGCAUUCUGUGUGAUGAUUUAAUAGACAAAAUGUACUCCUACUGACUGCAGAUGUUGAAACAGAAAAUAGAAUGGAUAGUAACUGAAAACUAAAAUAUGAUUAAGUGUAGCAGAUGAAAUAACAUAAAAAAAAUCAGUACAAUAGUGUUUCAGUUUUAGAAAUGAUAACAAUUUAAAGAAGAUUUGUCAAUUUUGGGGGUCUUCGCUUUACUUUGCAAAGACUCCCAAAGCGGACAGAUCUGGUAUGAGUCUGAUGGCCGUGGCGGGAAAGGGAGAUGAGUUUUACAUGCCUCAGGCUGUUCCUCACAGCCGCCACCAUCUUCAGCUCCUCUUUGGCUCCUGGCAUUUUAAUUGCCAGGAUCGAUGUCAGUGCUUUACUGUCCAUGAAAACACUCAUGUGCAAGACAACACUGAGAUCAAUGGUGGAUCCCAAGAGAUCCCCCAGAGACUAAAUCCCACAGCCGUCAUUUGUAGGGGCUGCUAGAAUGUAACAAAAUUUGAUGGCGGAGCUCCAUCUUUGUCAACUUUGUUCAGCCUUUGGCUUUACCAGAAGACAAAAUAAUCUUUGUCUUAUAGUAUCUUGGGAUUGCGUCAUAAUUUCAGUGAAUUUCCAGUGCAGUCUUAAUCAGCAUUUUCUCAAGAUUUUACCUUUAUGAAAUACUGAAAAGUUCUGUUCUGCUUUAAAAAUGGAAAUUGUAAAUGAUUACGUAUUUGCUGUUGAAAAACAGGACUAAUCUUGAACUGAUCAUUGCAAAGUUUCUGAAGCUACACAGAAUGCAAGUAUAGUAGGCUAUAUGGAUAAAGACCAAAAUGCUAAACAUAGAGUCAGACUAUUAUAAACCACAAUAAAUGUGCACUUUAUUGUGCUAUGUGUAUAGGAACACUGUUAUGGAUUGUUGCUAAAUUCAUCUUUGUAAGAACUCAUGCCGGGAUCAUUCCAUAUUACAGGGACAGCAAUGUACCUUUAUGGCAAGGAAACAUACAGCAUCUCAUGUUAACCUUUAUUCACCAAGAAUUCUAGCAUCUGUAUAGAAAUACCAAACUCAUCCUCAAACACUUUCAUAUGUGUCUUCUCAAGGCUCUAGCAAUGACCAACCAGAUUCUGGUGGAACGUUCAGUUGUGGGUUGGAAGGAGAUUGAGUAUGAAGUAGUAAGAGAUGCAGCUGAUAACUGUGUCACUGUCUGCAACAUGGAGAAUGUGGAUGCCAUGGGUGUACACACAGGUAUGUGGGGUGUCAAAAUGUAAAUUCAAAGAUUUGUAUGUCUUUGUCAAGGAUAAGUAAUCUAAUUACUUAAUGCUUCAGGUUGUCUGUAGCUGCAUGAGGGAAACAUGAUAAUGGAGAUCAAAUUAAGAGUCAAUGAAUACACAUAGCAUAACAUUAAUAAUUUAAUUAUCACACACGUGUCUUUGUCUAUCAUUUGUGUCUUUUCUCCUUAGACAAAGUGACACUCUAAGUACCAAAAUAACUUUAACUUGAUAAAGGAUUGUUUUGGUGUAUAGAUCAUGUCCCGGCAGUUUUAUUGUUUGAUUCUCUGCUAUUCAUGAGUCCACUGCCCAAAUACAGAAAUAAAUAAAUAAAUAAAUAAUCACUGUUUAGUAGAUAUACCCCAACAAACUAGGCAUGCAUUUAAUUAUGCAUUUUUUUCAUUGGGUUUAUAUCUAAUAGUAGCUAGCAAAAGCUGCAGAUUCCCUGCUAAAACUGCCCAGACUCUCUGUGACUGUCCAAUCAUAGAUUUUCCAAUGCUGUUCAAUAAGAAGUCUUUGCAAGGCAGUUGCUAUGGGUAAUUACUGCCUCUUGAAUUUAGUUCCAGUGCGCUAAACAACCAGGAAGUAAAAAGACCUGUUGUCUGAUUGACAGCCAGGGUGGGUGUAACAAGGUUAAUUUAUAAAAGUGUAAAUUUCAAAAUCUACACUUUAAAAAAAAUAAAUUAUAUAUAUAUUUUUGUUGUGCAUCGGUUUACAAGCUGGCUUGCAGAGCCACGACAGCUAUAGCAAGCAUGGCAUUAUACAUAGUAAUACAAUUGCAUGGCAUACUGUUUAGGCACCACAUUUAUAUUUUAGUGCUGUAAGGGUGAAGUCCCAGGGAUUAGAGUAGGAGACCUACACCGGAAUACAAUUAUGAAUGGAACCCCGUGGGAGCUAGAGUGUCGAUUGCGUAAUAGGUAUGAAAAAUACUUUGAAAUACAAGUAAAAACAGACUAAUAUAGGGUAGAUUAAAUGUUCCAGCUCAGAGAUAUCAGGAAACUGACAGGGAUCCAAUACGCAGAGUGCGCACAGAAGGAGGUACGUAUACCGGACCUUAGAAUGGCCGGACUAACGUAAGGACAAAGCAAGAAUAGUCAAAAGGUAAGCCGAGGUCAAGGGAGCCGGAGGACAGGUAAGCGAGAUACAAGCCGAGUCAAAGGAGAGGAGAGGACAACAGGACAAAAGACAAGCAAGGGUCAAAACCGGAAACACAAGAUAAAGAACGCGCUGAGUGACUAGCAAGCUAGAACCACGACAGGGCAAUGAGCAGUAGUAAAGGUUUCCUUUAAAUACCCUGUUACCUAAAUAGAGACCACGCCCCCAAAAGGUCCGGAAUAGCGGUUCCCGGCACUUUAUGCAAAUGCCGACGUCAUGACGUCGACGCUAGCCGUCGCGUCAUAAAAGGGGGAGGAGCUAGCGCGGCCGGCGCGAAAACGGCCGGAAUAUGCCGAAAUGCUAGGGGAAGGGAGCCCCUAAGCAGAGAGGAUGUCCUCCCUGGAUACAUCACCAACAGGUACCCUGACAAGAGAGACAUAAGUGGGUCAUUGCAUGUAAUUUGUAAUAAGCUGGGUAGCUGAGAUAUCUAUGGGGAGGAAAUUCACCCUAUAGACCCCUGUAUUUAAUCAUGGGUAUAAUCAGUUGGGUUGGCUCAUCACGGAAACAUAGAUCAACGUUAGGAAAUGCACAUAACGAGUACAAGUGAAGCAUGUAGACAUUUAUGCAGAGUGUUCUCAUGGAUCUCGGCUUAGCAAGUACCCUCUUUGGGCUUAGCGUGGUCUCGCUGCAAGCUGGCUGUCCGUGUGCAUUGUGGUUUCAUCACUGCUAUCCAGGAGGUGCUGUAGGUUAAGCCAGGGAGAGGAAGCAAUGUCUUGUGUUGGAAACUAGCUCCCCAGACUGACUUAAGGGUAGGUUUUCACGGGUAAAUUUCUGAUGGCAGCUUCUGUGCUGCGUACACUGGCCUGCUGUGCCUCCAUCUCUUCCGCCUGAUUCAGGCCUACCCCUGCACCGGAGCCAAGGCCCUGCGUUGAAUCACCUUAGGUAAGUGUUAGACUGGGACUCUAUGUUUUGUGCGCAUAGCAGGCUGCUGCAGGUAUCGAGCCAGCUUGUGCCAGAGAUCCUCAAUGAGUGCAUUGAGUGAGGGGGGUACGUUGGCAGUCCCUCUGGCAUAGGCAAUUGGGCACAUGACCUCCGCCAUUUUAGUUAAAGAUCCUAAUCUGCAGAUUGGUAUGACAUUAUCAUGGGGUCUUGGAUGCGUAUUAGUGAUUGGUGCCACAAUCUACACUUUUUGUAAGUUAAGAAACACACACACUUUCACUUCACGCACAGAGAACUUCAGUAAGCUUUAAGAGUCUGGAGCGUCCCUUUAAAUCACAUUGUUUAUUCAGCCCUAGCUACACCUCCACUGUCUCCCUACACACUUUCUGUAAUUUUAAAACGUAUACAGUAUGUUUAUUUUAGAAUUUCUUCUGUCCUGUUCUAUUAAUAGUGUGCUAGAGCCUGCAGGAGCCUCAAAUGCUCAUAAGUUCAAUUAACAGAACAGGAGAUAAGCUAUUCUAAAGUAAACACACUGUGCGGUAAGACCUGGUUGAAAAUGAAAAAAAAUGUAUGCUGGCUAUGUGAGUCACAACUGGGGGAGAUAUGGCAAGGGAUGCAUGAACAGAGACAAAAGUGAGACUAAAUAGCAGAGAAUAGAACAGUAAGCAUGAUGCAGGUGCAUGAUCUAUAUGCCAAAACGAAUUUGUUAAACUAAAGUUGCUUUGAUGCUUAGAGUUAACAUAGAACUCUUUCUUUUAUCUUUGAUGUAGCCUCCCAUUUGGAGCAAUAUGGUAUCUAGGGAUAAUGCAGCCCUCUCACCCAACAACACAGCAAAUAUCACUGUUGAUGUAAAUCAUGACAUCAUAUUGUAUCUCUUGAUUCACAGGUGACUCUAUUGUGGUGGCUCCCUGUCAGACACUGUCCAACGAGGAAGCUCAGAUGUUGAGGGCCUGUUCCAUCAAGGUUGUGAGACACUUGGGAAUUGUUGGAGAAUGCAAUAUACAGUUUGCCCUGCAUCCAACAUCGCUGGAGUAUGUCAUCAUUGAAGUUAAUGCCAGACUCUCUCGCAGCUCUGCUUUGGCCUCCAAGGCCACUGGGUAAGAUUACAAUUAAGAUGGAGCUACAUUUAUUAAAUGUUUUGCCCCUAUUAACUGAAAAUAAUGAGAAUGCGGUAUAAAUGCUACACUUGCGCACAGUGGAGAAUUUUGUGUCGGCCAAAUCGAUUCAUCUAAAAAAAUUUGGGUUGACCGAAAUUUGACCAUGUGGAGUUUUGGUGCAGACAAACUUAAUCCAUGCAAUCUUUUUGGGAACAACAAUUUAGAUCAGGGCUGCCCAACAGGUAGAUCCUCGGAUGUUGCGUAACUACAACUCCCACGAUGCUCUGCAUGCCUUUAGAAUGCAUUUAGAAUGACAAAGCAUCAUGGGAGUUGUAGUUCUACAACAUCUAGGGAUCUACCUGUUGGGCAGCCCUGAUUUAGGCGGGUUUGUGUCAAACAGUGCACUGCAAUAUAUUUGAAUAAUAUAAAUAUAAGGUUCAUUUAUUUGGCACAUGGUUCAUAGAUCAAGUGAGAAGAAGUAACAAAUAAAAUGGAAAAAAGGAGGGGCAAUAAAAACCCAACUAUAUUGAUACAUUAUAUAUUCAUUCAGUAUAUAAUAUAUAACUGUAGAUUUUUCUACUCCUGCUUUUUUUUCUCCUCUGUUGGUUACUUCUCACAUAAAUAAAAUAUAUAAAAACAUUUGGUGACUGUCCUGUAACCAUUAAUAAUCAUUUUUUCUCAUCAAUCAUAUCUUUGUUUUGUGUCAAUUGUGAAAUGCCGAAUCACAAAUCAAAUUAAACUGCUCGUCCAUUGGCCGUAUUUUUUUUAUGAUAUCUCCAUAUGGCGAUUCAGAAUUGCAGGAUUUGUAUGACUUUCCCAAAAUUUGGACACAUUGCAAUUCUUUUUAAACUGCAAAGAUCUAGUAAAUUUGCACAUAGAACUGUGGUAACAUCUUUUCUAUUUAUAGGUAUCCACUGGCUUUCAUUGCUGCCAAAAUUGCACUGGGUAUCCCACUACCUGAAAUCAAGAAUGUUGUAUCGGGGAAGACCACAGCCUGUUUUGAGCCUAGUUUGGAUUACAUGGUGACCAAGAUACCACGAUGGGAUCUUGACCGUUUCCAUGGAGCUUCAGGAUUGAUUGGUAGCUCUAUGAAGAGUGUUGGAGAGGUAUGAAGAGCUAUAUUAUUGGUCUCAUCACAGUAAUGCUGACUUUAUGCAAAGAAUAAUAAAUCCAGGAUAUAUAACAAUGAACCGUGUAUAACGGAUUGCUAUCAAGGGGUUGUGAAGACCGUAAUAUCUGUUACUCAUUUUAAGCUGCAUAUGAUGCAGGUAUUUUUAAGUUCAAUGUCUGAUCAUCUGUUCUAUGAUAACAAAAAAACGUACUUGUCGUGUUGCCCCUGUGCAGGUUAUGGCCAUUGGUCGUACAUUCGAGGAGAGUUUCCAGAAAGCUUUAAGGAUGUGUCACCCCUCCGUGGAUGGCUUCACCUCAAACCUUCCAAUGAACAAGGCAUGGGCAUCUGAUGUGAACCUAAGGAAAGAAAUGGCGGAGCCCACUAGCACCCGAGUCUACAGCAUGGCCAAGGUAACAUCUGAGAGGUCAAUCAAGGGACAUCGCAAAAUAUUAAAAAAAUAAAAAUAUCGGGUUUAUAAAACCAAGUGAAUAUUUACUAAGAGGCAGUUACAGUUAUUCUAAGUGAUUUGUUUAUGUUAACUGUUGUUACGAAAUAUAGAAUUGAAAAACUGAUUGCUUUUGGUGGACAAUAUGUAUCAGUUUAUGUUUAUAUGAAUAUUAUAGGUAAAUGUGUAUAUUACCAUAGCAGUACCUCUCUGCAAGUCCUACACGUUCCAAGAGGAGGAACCAUCCAGUGAUUGGAGGUACACACUGUGUCAACAAGUUGAGGUUUUGGUGCAUAUGUGAUCCUAGAGUUGAAAGGAGUCUUUAAAUUGUGAAAAUAAAUACUCUUUAAAAAUAUAUAUAACAAUAUUUCUAUUGAAAAGUGUAUGUGAAGCCUGACCUGGGAUUUACAUGCUAUAUUAUAAUUAAAAGAUACAUUAGACAAUCAGAGGACCAUAAAUACCAUAAUUCAUCAAAUAUAAAUAAAUGCUUUUAGAAUGCAUGGAGAAACAUACCUUUUCCAAGACAGUUCAGUAAAUAGGUAGUUACUGAUUGACUGAGAGCUUGAGGUGACCGCUCUCAGCCAAUCAGUAGCGAUCCUGCCAGGUGGCACUUCGCACUUUCUGUAAGUGAAAAUUCAAAAGCUGAAUGCUACCCGGGGGAAGUAGACAUCGCCGCUAGAGGCAAUUGUGAUGUUAAAGCGUUCUAGAAUGGUUUAACAACUUGAGGUAAAAGUGUCUCCAGGUGCCUCCUGGAACCAUAACAACUUCAUGUAGAUGAAGUUGUGUUGGUGCCUAGAGUGUCCCUUUUAGGAUGUUUAGCACUCAGGUGGUAGACUAAUUAUAAAAUAACUUAGCAUACAUUGUAUUGUCCUAUAAAGUGACCUUAAGUGUGACUGUGUUACCAAAUUUAAUUUAUUCCAACUAAACAUUCUGCUUGAUGUCAGGGCCUUGAGACUGGAAUCCCUAUUGAUGAGAUCUACAACCUCACAGCCAUUGAUAAGUGGUUUCUGUACAAGAUGCAAGGAAUUCUGAACAUGGAGCAGACUCUCAGAUCGAGCAGGAGGUAAGAACCAUUGACCAACGUUGUUGGAGGAAUUUAUAAUGUGCUCAUUCUACUGUUUCCAGCCUUACAGGUGAUUUAAAAAAAAAAAAAUUGCUCAAGGGUUAUAAGUUUAGAGAGACACACCAAGCACCAUAAUCACUACAGUUCAUUGCAAAGCUUCUGGCACAAGGACCAUAUAGAUGGAGUUCUGCUGUUGUCUUAGAAUGUCUGCAUAAAUUCUCCUCAGCUAAAUGGAAUUUCAAUAUGCCUGUAUCCAGCAUACAAAUGCAGAUAUUUUUGAUUAAUACCGAGGAAGGUCACAAUUCUUUAUAUAACAUUCCAAGCUUGGUGAGUGGCCCCAGGAAUACUCAAUUGUAUGUCAAACUGCCAAAAAAACUACAAGACUCCAAUGAUUGUGUUCUUGAACCAUAACCUAAUACAAUUCAUUGUGCUUGGUGCUCCCCAUAUAUACCAUAUUCUCCUGGUGGAAAUAAAACAAUUGAAAAUGAUCAAUUCGUCAAGGAAAGGUGAUGGAAAGUAUGCAGGAACUCAGAUAAGAUAUGUGCACUCAUUGAAGCAAUGUGCCAGAUACUGCAACUUCUUCUGCUCUCUACACCCAGCUUAGACACUAUAUUCCCACUGUGCUACUUAAUGUAACUGAGCAGAAUUCUUUAUGAGUUCUACAAUAUGGAGAAUGUAUCUCAUUUUGGAAUAUAAUAAUAAUAAUUUCAUGAGAAAGAGCAAUAUGGCAGAAUGAAGAAUUUGGGGAGUGACUCACACAACCUCCCUGAAAAAAGUUUCAUUUUAAAAUCAGAUCUUACAGUACAGUGUGUUUACGUUAGACCUUCUUAUCCAAGUUAUUUGAACUUUAAUCGUAGACAUGAGGCUGCUUUAGGCUCUAGCAUGCAAGUAACAGAGUGGAAGAUAUGAAAUUCCAAACUAAACACACUGUGGAAUAGGGGAAGCUAAAAAAUCUAGUUUUUUUUUCCAGAUAAUGUGUAGGGAGGCUGUAUGAGUCACAGCCUGGGGAGCUGUGGCUAGGGCUGCAUCAAAUAUAUUUAACUCCUACAUAGUACUAAAUUGAGCAGUGAGACUGUAGACAAUCUAUACACCAAAACAAUUGUAUUAAGCUGAAGUUGUUUUGGUUCUUAACGUGUCCCUUUAACAUAUGUAUUUUAAGAAAAUAAUGUACAACAAGUUUAUAUAUAUUGCCUGCAAUAUUUUAUAUUCAGUAAAAUAAUGCAAAAUUAUUGUUUCCGUUAAAAUGUGGAUAAAUAAAUUAAUUGAAAGAAGGUAGACAGGUGUGAAUGCCCAUACUGUUGUAUUAGUUGGACCUCAGUGAAUCUGAGCUUCCAAAGACCGGCCAAUAAACAAAGUGGGAUAACUAAGAAAAUAUUAUGCUUUUGUUUGUAGACCUGCCGAGAAAAGGCUAUUGCAACCCUAAAUAUUGACUUAAUUGAGUUUUUAUUCAUCCCUCUGCCAAAGCAAUUCCAAGAGCUUCUGACAGAGUGCUGUAGCAUUGCACAGAAAUCUGGGCUUAAGAAUAUUAAAAAAGAGGCAGGCCUCCAAGAACGUAAUGCUCUUAAAAUAAGCUGGUUUUAUAUUUGUUAGUGUGAGACUGAGAUUCUGAAUAAGCAGAUGUAUGGACAGGUGGCUGAGAUUCUGAAAUGUGGAUGGCGAACAAAUUCUCUUGCACUGAUUUACUGCAAGAGUGCAAAUAAUUCACUUAACCUCAUCAGCAUUUGGCAGAGAGUAAGAUUAAUAUUGGCCAGACAGAUAAAGAAUUUAAAUAAACAGACAACGCAGAAAUCUAGCCAUUUAAAUUAGUUGAUGUUGUAAUUGUGGUUAGCGUGUUAUAAUAACUUAUUACGUUGGAAUUUUAGGUGUCAUAGUGCAAACAAAUAUUUUCUUGCAGAACAAUGUGUUAAAAAGCUCUUUCAUUAACUAAUGAGUCUUGUAUUUGAUAUUUUAAAUACUUAAAGGGACACUAUAGUCAGGGCAGGCUAAAGACAUUGUGCUGCCUGGAUCCAAAGAUGAAAUGCUGCCCCCUCCGCCCCCUCCCCCCGCACCAAAAGCACGCCAACAUCCAUUAUGUUAUGCAGUGUGUGUAGUGAACGCAAUGUCUGUUUGUGUAGUGGACGCAGUGUGUGUAUAAUGUAUGCAGUCUGUUUAGUGAAUGCAUUAUGUGUGUGUGUAUGUGUGUGUGUGUCUGUGUCUAGUGGAUGCAGUGCAAGUGUGUCAUGAAUGCUUUAUGGUUUUGUGCUGUGGAUGUAGUGUGUAUUGUAUGCAGUGUGUGUGUGUGUAUGUAUGCAUUGUAUGCAGUGUGUGUGUGUUGAGUACAUUGUCUGUGUAGGUGGAAGUGGAUGCAUUGUCUGUGUUUGUGUAGUGUAUGCAGUAUUUGUGUGGUGGAUGCAGUGUGUCUAGUGGAUGCAAUGUCUGUGUAGUGGAUGUCGUGUCUGUGUAGCAGAUGUAGUGUCUGUAUGUGGAUGUAGUGUCUGUAUGUGGAUCUAAUGUCUAUGUAGUGGAUGUAGUGGCUGCAUAGUGGAUGUAGUGUCUGUGUAGUGGUGUCUGUGUAGUGCAUGUAGUGUUGGAUAAGUGCUGGGGGGUGAGAAGUUUAAGUUAAAUCGGGCUUAUCCCUCUCCUCCUUGCCUCUUACCUGUGGGCUGGAAGGCAGUACAGUAUGUAGGAAGGUGACAGUAUAGGGGGCAGUGUGUAGGAAGGUGACAGUUUAGAGUGACAGUAUAGGGGGCAGUGUGUAGGAAAGUGACAGUAUGGGGUACAGUGUGUAGGAAGACAGUGUGGGGCAGGCUGUGUGGGUGACAGUGUAGGGGGCAGACUGUGGGGAAGCAGGGUGUGGUGAUGUAAGCUGUGGAGGACAGAGUGUGGGGGGACAGGCUGUGAGGGACAGGGCAUGUGGGUGCAUGCUGGGGGCAUGGUGUGUGGGAGAAGGCUGUGGGGGACAAGGUGUGGAGGAGCAGGGUGUGGAAGGGGCAGGGUGUUGGGGACAGGGUGUAGGUUUGCAUGCUGGGGCCUAGGGGUGUGGGAGAAGGCUGUGGGGUUGCAGGGUGUGGUGGGGGGCAGGCUGCGGAGGACAGGGUGUGGGGUAGCAGGGUGUGAGGGGGCAGGCUGUGGAGGGGCAGGGUGUUGGGGACAGGGUGUAGGUUUGCAUGCUGGGGCCUAGGGGUGUGGGAGAAGGCUGUGGGGUAGCAGGGUGUGGGGGGGGGCACGCUACAGAGGACAGGGUGGGGGGUAGCAGGGUGUGAGGGGGCAGGCUGUGGAGGGACAGGGUGUGGAGGACCAGGCAUAGGGGGGCAGACUGGGGGUAAGGGGUGUGGGAGAAGGCUGUGGGGUAGCAGGGUGUGGGGGCAGAGUGUGGGGGUGUAUGCUUGUGGCAGGGUGUAUGGGAAAAGGUUGUGGGGUGUGGAGGUUCUGACAAUGCAGGCCCCUAAUUAGCUCAAUGGACUGUUGCUCCACGCUUGUGUUAGAUAUAUAAAAUAAUGUUAUGUAGAAACAAAUGUUCAGACAGACAUAGCUGCCCUACUCCAAAAAUAUUCAAUCUAACUCUUAUACAUCCCGGACCUUUGACUACCCAGAAAUUAAGAAAUAUAUAUCGUACCAUGUUUAGUUGUUAAAAAUCACCACUUAAUUCAAGCUGUGAUUCUGUGAAGCAGCCUAGCCUGUACUGAGAGGUCAACCACAGCUUAGGGACUUAGGGAAUCCAAUGCCUAGUGGUCCCUGAGAUGUGAAUUUGCAAAUAUUAGAAAUCUGACAGCACAGCGUGUACAAUACUCGUUCUCUCCAUCCUCUCAUCACUUUAUUUUUUUUCUCCUCUCUCCAUUUAAGAUGAUGAUAAUUUGUUCAUAAAUCUGUGGGUGUCUUUUAGUGUCUAUAAAAAGCAGAGGGAUAGAUAACAGUAAAUUUGUGUGACUGGCUGUAUUUUAUCUGCAGCGGCUUGCUGACUCCCGGUGCCCUUUCAUACUUUAUGAGGUUUUCUGAUCCUCCCUUGUUAAGUUAGUGGCUGUUUCUCUUGCUGUGAUGAAUCCCGGCUUGAUGGGAUUUUUUUUUCUUUAUUUUUCUUUCAUUUCCUUUGUUUUAUAUGGCCACUAGAGAGCACUCUAGACUCAAGGAACAUUAUACCAAUCCAAAUAUUUAUCGUAUUUGUGAAAGAACUGUGAUCUCUAUUCUCUAUUUCACCCUAAUCAAUUGUCAAUAAAAGUCAGAUGAAAGAUAAAUAGUGUAUAUACAUAUAUACACAUAUUAUUUAUUUAUUGUGUACUUACUAUGUGACUGAUCAUUAUAAAACCAUGGCUGGCAAUGAAUUAUAGAGUUGUCAUCCAACAACAAUAACAACUGAGGGUGAAUAACACAUAUUAAAACUUGCUCUACGUUAUCCACAGAUCAGUUUAGGCAAAUUCUUAAAUUUACAGAAACUAGAACGUUUAAAACAUGCCAAACGUUUAACAUGCCAAAUAGGUUUCUCUGUCAAUGCCCGUUAUAAAUACCAAAUAAACUAGAAAGUAAACACUAAAUAACAAAAAGUCUCCUAUAGUUUAUUGUUUUUAGUGUUAAUUAUUACAACAUAAACUGAAAUGAUAAUAAUUUGACACAACACAUUUCACAAUUUUUUUUAUAUAAAAACGUAUCCUUCCCCCUUUCAUUUCCUUUCUUUUUUCCCUUCAUUUUUUUAAUUUCCUUCCUUACCAUUCCUUCCCUCCCCACUCCCACUCAACAAAUUUACAUGACAAUUGACACAUGUUUUACAAUUUGUUUUUGGAAAGAUGCUUCCUUUGCUUCCUUUCCUCCUUUCCUUUCCUUUUUUCACUUUCUUUUAUUUCCUCCAUUUCCUUUUUCCUUUCUUUUCCUUUUUUCUUCAUUUCCAUCCUUCCUUCCUAUCCAUCAUUUCUUCCUAUCCAUCCUUCUUUGCUUUUCAUCCUUCCUUCAUAUCCAUCCUUCCUUCCUAUCCAUGCUUCCUUCCUAUCUAUCCUUCCUUCCUAUCCAUCCUUCCUUCAUAUCCAUCAUUGCUUCCUAUCCUUCCUUCCUUCCUAUCCAUACUUCAUAUCCAUCCAUCCUAUCCAUCCUUCCUUCCUAUCCAUACUUCAUAUCCAUCCAUCCAUCCAUCCUAUCCAUCCUUCCUAUCCAUCCUUCCUUCCAAUCCAUCCUUCCAAUCCAUCCUUUCUUCAUAUCCAUCCUUCCUUCCUAUCCAUACUUCCUUCAUAUCCAUCUAUCCUAUCCUGCCUUCCUAUCCAUACUUCCUUCCUAUCCGUACUUCCUUCCUAUCCAUACUUCCUUUAUAUCCAUCCAUCCUAUCCAUCCUUCCUCCCUAUCCAUCCAUUGUAUCCAUCCUUCCUUCCUAUCCAUCCUUCCUUCCUAUCCAUACUUCCUUCAUAUCCGUCCAUCCUAUCCAUCCUUCCUUCCUAUCCAUACUUCCUUACUAUCCAUCCUUCCUUCCUAUCAUCCUUCCUUCAUAUCCUUCCUUCCUAUCCUUCCUUCCUAUCCAUCCUUCCUAUCCACCCUUCCUUCCUUCCUUCCUUUCUGUCUGUCUGUCUUUCUGUCUUUCAAAUCAAGCAGGAAUAGUUUCCCUUAAAAAUUAUGCCUUUGGAUAUAGUCUGCUUUAUCUUUCUAUAUGAACCAAACAUGGGUUGAAAACAGAGGUUGAAGAUUAUGAAUGUGUUGCAUUUUUUCAGCACAAUUAACUAUAUAAGUGAAUUUUCAGCAAAUGACUCAUUAAAGGAUCACUAUAGGGUCAGGAACACAAACAUGUAUUCCUGACUCUAUAGUGUUAACACCACCAUCUAACCCCCCUUAACCCCUCAUGCCUCCAUAAAUAUAGUAAAAAUCUUACUGUAUUCAAGCCAGAAGCUGUAAAUCUGCAUGCUGUUAGACUCAGAAAAACAAGCAGUCUGCUGACAUCAUCGGAUGUGAUAGCCUGAUCCAAUCACAGUGCUUCCCCAUAGGAUUGGCUGAUACUGACAAAAAGGCAGAUCAGAGGCAGAGCCAGCAUGAUUCAAACACAGCCCUGGCCAAUCAGCAUCUCCUCAUAGAGAUGAAUUGAAUCAAUGAAUCUCUAUGAGGAAAGUUCAGUGUCUGCAUGCAGAGGGAGGAGACACAGUGCUGCCCUGUGCUCUGCUGACAGCAGAUCUGAAUGGAUGGAGGCAUAUUAUGCCUCCAUCAACUCCGAAGUCCCUCUGGUUCACUCUGAGUGUCUGCAACUGGAGGUGUUCCUAGCUUUCAAUGUAAACACUGUAUUUUCUCAGAAAAUACAGUGUUUACAUGAGAAAGGCUGCAGGGAGCUAUAGUUCUCAACUGAACAACCUCAUUAAGCUGUUCAGGUGACUAUAGUGUCCCCUUAAGAUAAUUAGUAAGAAAACUAAUAUGGCUGCCAGUUGUAACCUUAUUGUUGUAAUCUUCUUUUUUUGCGUUAAUCAUGUAAUCAAGUAUGUAUCUGUUUAUUACUUUUAUGCACAUGAAAAAUCUUGCUAGUGAAAUAUUUUAUAAAACAUAUUGGAGUUUAUUCAUUAAACAAUAAAUUGCGGCAAACUGAAAACCGAGUUUACAAAAUGUCCGCCAACAUGGCCGAGUUCGGAAUGUUGCAGAGUAGCAGAAUCUGACUAACUGUAUAUUGGCUUUAUUUUUUUUAAAAACGGUUUUCAAUUAUAACCACAAACAUUUACUACUGGUGAAACUGUAGUGUUUUUUUUUACUGUUUUAAUAUACUGACAGGAACAAAAAAAUUAUAUUUAGUUUUUGUUUUUGUUGUUUUUCAACUGAAAUCUUUAUUUAGUUUUAGUGGAGUACAAUAGAAAACAUUGCAUAGAAAUUCUUACAUCGUCACAGUAACCAUGUUACAGUUUCCAGACAUAUUCCAGUAACUUGUACAACCAGGAAUCAUAGCAUGUCAGUGAACGCUCAUGGUUACAUAUGUGAUCGGUGUAUAACACAAAGGAAACCAUAAUUACAUAAGAAACAAAGCUUUAGUAAUGGGUGACUCAAAUAAUUGACAAAGAAAUAAUAAAAAAGGAAACAAUAUCAUGGGCGUAUGAUUAAUGAAAAGGUCACCUCCCAAAUGAAACAGUGGGGACAGGGGCGUAACUAGGAAUCACAAUGCUGAGAAUAAAUGGAGAGAUUGUUAGUAUUAUUAAUACUACUUAUAAAGCACUAACAAAUCCAACAGUGCUGAAUGUAUGCAUGCGACCACAAAGCACAUGAAUUGAGUGAAACUAUUAUUUUACUUAAACAUUUUCAUCCUUUUAAGCAACACACACUCUCAUAUGCACUCAUUGGCACACAUACUGUUUAACCAACACACACUUUCACUGACAGAAACACACAUUCUCACUGACAGACACAAACUGACUUACAUUUACUAACAGACACACACACACACACACACAUUCUCAAUGACAGAAACACACUUUCUGGUAGACACACACUGACACAAACACUCUUACUGACACACAUACACUCACUGACAGACACAAACACAUUACUGACACACACUGACAGACACACACAUUGUCAGACAUACACACAAAUAGAAAAUAAAUACAUACAAAUAUAACAUCAUUUGACAAAUAUAAUUAAACGGAUCCUACUGUAAGUUUUUCAGAGCAGGAUAAGGGAUAUAAAUAUACAUAAUGUUUGAAAAGCUAGGCCGAUACUAUUUCUUUAGACCUCUGAAUGUCAUAAUAGGGAAUAUCAAAUAAAAUGACACAUCACAAUUACAAAACCCCCAGUAUGCUAUUUAAAUGUAAUACAUUAUUUAUCUUUUUAUUAUUAUACUAUUCUUCAACAAGUGUCCAUCCCCAUGUGUUCGCCAUUGUUUUCAUGCUUUGGGUCUAUAUUUUUGACUGAGAUUUCUAAGAAUCAUGAUGUUUUUAAAAGGUCCUUGCGGUUGUCAUGGAUACCAUUCUGUAUAACUAGAUUAAUUCUUACCAUGGUCAGAUUUCAAGAUUUACUUCCAUGGAAGUAAAAUACUAAUUUCAAAGUGAAAAACCUUCCAGAUGGGUUAUAGUCAAUGCACAGUCAAAAAGCGUAAUUCACUGGCAAUAUAUAAGCCUUUAUUGGUAAAAUAUUAUUUAAUAUAAAGAAGGCAGGCUUAGAGGUUAGGCUAGCAAUACUUAGCAUUCUUUUCAAACAGGCACACUAAAUAAAAUAUCAAUGAGCAUAUUGUAAAUCUGCUUCCCUCGAGAGGUUUUAUGAUCUGGAGAGAGACCAAGGACACAGCUACACCAUGGGCUGCUAUUUUUUAAGACUCAGCUGCCUUUAUUGCAAAUAGACAUAGGCAAUCUGUUGCACUUUGGGUUCUGGAUGGCUGAAAGUAGUGAGAUUUUAAUCUUGCUGUGCAUUAUUUUAUAAUAAUUACAAAUAAGUAUGUUAAUCUUCUUAGUGUAUCUCCUGACUUACCGUUGCAUUGAAGGGUGGCCAUCUUUUGCCCUGUUUGGUCAGGAGCACCGUUUAUCUGCUAUAAUCAUGAACAAUUUGAAGGUCUGAUAUUGUUUCAAUUUCUAUUUUUGAAAUCUCCUGCAAUUGCAUAGGAUGUCAAAUUCAUGAAUGCACAAUAACUUUUAAAGGAACACUUUAGCAUUAGGAAUAGAAACCUGUUUUCCUAAUACCAUAGUUUUCUCCUCUGCCUUCAGUUUAAGAUCACCCCCUCUUAUCUCAAUUAAAAAAAAAAAACAAAACAGGAAAACAAGUUUCACUCACCUUUUUUCCAGCGUCAAGAUCUAAUCCCUGCAGCUGAGUUUGAGUUGGUGGUUGUCACAGUCCGAGUGCCCUUAGAGGCUGUAAGGAACACAGUCACUACCGGCUUAUUUAACCCUGCAAAGAAAGCAUUGCUAUUUCUACUACCAGUAAUGCUUUACAUUGUAGGGUUAAAAUUAAAGUACCUCUGCACCUAGACCCCAUUCAUUGAGACUUUAGUGAUCCUUUAGUACCCAGCACAGUUUUUGGACAGAUAAGGUGCUUCAGGUCAAAGAUGACUUCCCCAAAGGGUAAAUCAGGAGAUGCAUGGGAAAGGGAACAUAUUUAAACAUAUGUACUACAAAAGAAUACAUAUAGAGGCUCUACUACAAAAAAUCUUCCAUUUGAAUUAAAAAUAUAUAUUACCGUUUUCCUUUAAAUUAUACUUGCCCUGUGCAAAAACCUUUACAUUUCUUAUGAGCUCUGUUUAAUAGUAGAUGUUGUGGGAUAUAUAUCUCCCAUCAUGCCAUGUCCAGCUACAUUUAGAGCUAUAAAAUGAGAUGAAUAACAGAAGCUUAUCUUAAUUUUAAAUAAUCCACCUUUUUAUUAAUUUAUUUUUAUUUUUUUUAUACGUGAACUCACUUGCUCUUAGAUAUCUAGGGUUCAAACGAGUCCCACGAAUUAUGGUAAUACUUUAAUUUGGACCCAUGGAAAAAAUCAUUUAUAACCUUAAAUUAAUCAAUCCUAGCGAAAAGCCAUCGUUGUUCUGAUAUCCUCUUAUCUUAAUUCCAAACUGAAAAAUAGAAGAUGCUGCAGGGCGAAUGUUUCUUUAUAGAUGUAUAAUUUAUAAGUGCGAGAUUCUAAGCAUUUAAGUCCGGACACAAAUCUGUCAUGAGUGGUAUGUUUGUUUAAAGUGUAUUCUCCAUUGGAUUUUGCCAAUCACACUUUGUGCUAUGGGCAUUAUACCUCCUUCCGGAUGUUUAACCCUUUAGUGGAGGACUAGAAAUAUAAAGAUGGCAUAAAGACCUUUAGUUUGGAGCCAAGGUGUUUGCAAUGCGUAAAGUGUACCUUCAGUGUCUCUCUUGAUUCCCACAGAAAGUCAUCUGACAGGUGAAACCGCAGUCAUUAAAAUGAAUUUUAUUCAUCCUUUUUUUUAAAUCAUGUAUUAUUGAAUACGGCAUGUAAGGAGUGCAGGAAUGUUCAAAGAGAGGUAGGGUGAUACUAAGCAAACAUCAAGGAGUCAUGAAAUAAAUGGUGCUUGGCUAAGAAGCUGCCUUUAUUAACACACGAACCAAGUGUAUCGUUAAUAUUUAGUUUCUAUGCACUUGGUAUUCAAUACAUGGCCACAGUCGGUCGUUUUCUUUCCAAGUAUGCUAAAAAGUUUUCAAAGUCAUUCAAGUCACCAGUGAUCAAUUAUGACCAAAAAGAUUUUUUUGUGUGAACUGUGUCUAAGUCUCUGGUUAUGUAUUCUGCUUUAGCGAAUCUGUUCCAGAAGAGACGUUGAGGAGGGCCAAACAAAUUGGUUUCUCUGACCGCUACAUUGGCAAGUGCCUUGGGCUGAAUGAAACUCAAACCAGAGAGCUGAGACUCAACAAGAAUGUCAAACCUUGGGUGAAACAGGUGAGAAUGUUUGGUUACCAUAUUGACAGAUACAACAGGCUGUACAUUUAGAGCUCCAUUGGAUUAGCAGUGAUAUUCGUGUACAGAAUCCUAGGAAUUUUUUCAAAAUACUUUGAAUAGGUGUUUUGUGAUUUUAUUUGUUUUUGGAACCUGAGUAAGUCUGCAUAAUCAAAAUAGACUACUGUAGUCAAUCUCUUAUAUGUUAGUGAUUUCUUUUUUAAUCUAUCAUAUAACAAGAACUAUUCUGUAUGUUUUUGUUAAUUUUAUAAAGUUAUAUAGUUUAAUGUAACAUAACUCUUGCAUCACAACUGCCUUAAAAAGAAGCCCAAUCAGUGCAUUUAAUGCAUAUUCAUAUACAUUUCCUAUGAUUUCUAUCUCGUCUUUCUGGAAAAAAACAGCAAUUUUACUAGAUGAGUCCCUAAUGACUUUAAAAUGAUCCAUCUUAAAAUCUUAAAGUGAGUCCUCCCUGAAGUGGUUGUAGCUCCCUAUCAGUAAGAAGAACGAUGGAUAUGUAGUGGCAGAGGACAUUACGGAGCAAAAUUAACAUUAGUAGAAUCAUAUUAAAUACCUUUUCCUAUCGUAAAACACUCUGUAUCAAUAUCAGUGGAGUGAAUACACAGAAACAUCACAAAUUGAAACAUGACAGUUUUUUUAAAGGAGCACUCUUGGUACUAUAACCACUACACUGACAUCUAUGGGUGCUGUCCAGCAGUUUUGUCAAAAUGUUUAGCAGUGUUUUGACAAAACCUGGGGCUGUUCCCUUCACUCAUAGUUGCUCUCUUUUCAGCUGUAUUGAUAACACAAAAACUGCACUAGCAAAGUAUCAACCUGAACUGCAGUGAUAGGCCGAGUGUCCUGGAACCUUAUUAUUGAUCAGUGCAGCUGAAGAAGGGGUGACCUAUGUGUACCAAGGAGAGCCCCAAUUUUAAUAAAACCCUUACAAAACUGUUUGAUAAAAAACAAGAAACAGCAUCAUAGACUUAUGCACUAUCACUACUGCAACAAGCUUUAGUGGUAAGAUUAAUUAGACCGCCCCUUUUACAUCUCGAGUAUUAUUAGUAGAUUUACAAUCCCCAAAUUGCAGUUAUAAAUAUAAUAAUAACAAUUUAUGCUUAAAAUACUGUUAAGCUUGAAAUAAUGCAUGAUCAAUUAUUCAUACACAACAGAAUAGAGAAAACUGAAUAAACAGUCUUUCUGCUUUGAUGUCUUACAUUAAAGUGGUUUGCGGUUAGAGAAAACUGUGUGGUUUGUGGGGAUUUAUGUUAAACUAAAUUGAUCAUUUGAGUUUGUUGACUGCCAGAUUUACAAAUACAAUAAUUCAACAGAUUUAUCACAAAACUAUAAACGUUGUUGAUCAAGUGAAAUAAUAGUGUUACGUUUUUUUUUUCUUUACAGUUUUUUUAAAUUUAUUUUUUUAGCAACAUUUGUUUAAUCAGGAUGUAGGGUUAGAAAAGUUUAAAUUGAUACUCUGUAGUUCCUUUUGGUCAGCGUCCUUGCAUCUUGAAAGGUUUCAAAUUGAAUUAACAGUUAAACUGGGAGUUUCUAAAAGUAAGAUUAAAAUGAACCUCUGAUAUAUAAAGCUGAGUCUACUGGAUAAAACAUGUCUGUGAAUACCUUUAGUGAUAUUUGUUCCUUGACAUGAAAUGCAGAAAACAGACAAUUGUGACUUUCUAGAUCUCUCUUAAUGAAGAAACAGUUAUCUCGACCAACGCUAGGACCGAUCAAGAGCAUAAACAGACCACCCUGAUUGGUUAAGAAGAUAAUAAUAUUGCAAUCUUGAUUUUCAACAGUCGUCCGACAGCUUAACCUGCUCUUUAUCAGACAAUUUCAUUUUUCAUAUCCACCGUUCCUUAUUUCACCCACAAAGCAAUUUCUUUGUCGCUCUUCAAGAGCUCCCAUUGAAACUCUGGCAUUCCGCUGAAGUGGCAAUUAAACAGUAUAUAAAAAACGGUAAUCAUGAAACAUCAGGACCUGACCUGGUUUAAACGUGCAGCAUCUGGCACUAAAAAACUAGCCUAGCAGCCAUCUCCCAAGGUGCUAACAUUGUUUUAUGGGCUAAUACUUUAUUUUAAGUGCCCCAUCAUUACCAAAGUAAUUCUGCAUUCAUGGUAAGUGUCUCCGUUUUAAUGAAGUUACUUGGUAUGCGCAUCUAAAACGCACAUACAUUGGUAAGCUUGAUACUGUCAUUUGCUAUGAGGUAAUAGACUACCUCUUAGAUCUAAUUAAUGAAAUAGCCCUCAAUAACCAGAGAGACAUGUUGUCAAAGAAGUCCUCUCCAUUCCUUUACCAUUCCACCCUCUAGUAUUCAAAUAGAUUGUAAGCUUAGUGGGAGCAGAAUAAGAAACGUAUCUGCAAUUUUUGUAAGGACUUUUUUUUUGCCUUAGAAUAAUUCUUCGGUGUAGACUACCUUGGGUUGACAUUGAUAAUAAUAAUGCCAGGUUCAUUUUAUAUCUCAUGUGUCUAUGGCCAUCACAUCACUGAACAGAGGCAGAGACAAAGAGAUCUGGAUUGCAUUUAAACUUCUGCAAUUAAAAGAUAUAAUUCAACAAGGAGCAAUCUUUGUGAUGCAAUUCAGCAGAAUGAUGUCUAUCUAACCACAUUUUCUCAAUUAUUUCGAUAACAAUGUAUAACGAACAGGGUUUUACAAGAGCCCACACUGAGGUUAUAGUAUUGCAUUAGACGCUAUUCUUUUCCUGUUUGCUUGCACUGUGAAUUUGUUGUUGUGAUGUGUUGUGACCCAAACUUACUUGUGGCUUUAUUGCUCUGUUGUCUCUGCAGAUUGAUACAUUGGCUGCUGAGUACCCAGCGAUAACAAACUAUCUCUACCUCACCUACAAUGGACAGGUACUAGAUGUCUACUAACUGGUGAUGUCUUGACAUAUUAAUAUUAAUACUGUUGGAAGUCGCGCCAUAUUUAGUAGAUAAAUUGAAAGCUGAUUUAGAAUAGCGGGGAGAUUUAGAGCAUGUUGAAAACUAUAUGCGUUUUUUUAUAUAUUUUUUUCUGGACUGUCUUUUAAAUUAUUUGUGUCUUUUUCGUAAUAUUUUUUUUUUGCAUUCAUAUUUUUGUUUAUUAAACUUUAUUUUACUCUAAUUCAUUCCUGAUGUUCUCAUACUUCACUUUAAUUUUGACAUUGAAAAGAAGGCAAAAUACAUUAGCAGCAUAGAAUUUUUAGAAAACAAUAUGGCAUAAUAUUUUUUUGUGAAUGCUACAGAGGCACAAAACAAAUUUGGAAUAUACAAAGAAGACAAAUAACAAAUUUGAAUUUUAAAAUGCUUUCAUGAACUAAAACAACUAUUUAAAUCUCCAAAAAAGACAAUCUUUAAAGCACUUUGAUAAACCACCACUAGUAUUUGUUGUGGGGGACUUGUUAUAAGGACCUACAGAUAUUUAAAUAUCAUUUUAAAUUCAGUUACUAAAAGUUACUAAAAGUAUUUGAAAGACGUUUUAACUCUUGAUAUAUUUAGGUAGGUUAUUUCUUUUUUUGUAUCAUUAAUAACAUUAACAUUAGCAGUGUUUUUUUAAUAAAUUGUCUGCUUCUAGUUUCGGUUGCUACUAUAUUUUCUAUCUGUUUCACUGUACGUCUGUCUAUCUUUUAGGAACAUGAUAUAAAAUUUGAUGACCAUGGGAUGAUGGUUCUGGGGUGCGGGCCUUAUCAUAUAGGUAUGUGAUGAUCUUCUUUCUUUACUCUCAUAAAGUCUCUCAUUCUCAUAAAAUUGCAUUAAAAAAAAAUGUUUUGACAGUAUAGUUUAGGUUCCCGACCCCUCGCUCCUUAGUUUAAAAAGGUAUUAAAUGUACCUUUUUUUCUAGUGCUGCCCCGGAUCAUCACAGCAUGCCCUGCCUAUGCUCCGUCUCCUUGGCUGACAUCAUCAAAGUUGGCAAUCUCAGCCACACCAAUUCUUUCCCACUGUCACUGCCACUAGAUGUAUUCCUAGACAGUAAUUUACACACUGCCUGUUCUCUGAAAAGUCAGUAUUUAAAUUUAAAAGCCUGCAGGAACAGCACAUAGACACCAGAACAAUUACAUCAAGCUAUAAGGGUUUUGGUGACUAUAGUGUGCCUUUAAGAAAUGCUGUAUGUGUUCUCUUUUUUUCAUUUUACAAAUAAUAAUAAUUUUAAUAGAAAUUGGCACUUUUAUAAAUUAGCUAUGUUACACCCCUCCCUGUCCCGACUUUCAAGCAGACAACUGGCCCUGUUAUUUCCUGGCUUGUUUAUUUCAGUGGAGCUAAACUCAAGAGGCAAGCAAUGCCCUAGAACACCUGCCUUGCAAAGACUUCCCAUUGAGCUGAAUUGGAAAGUCUGUGAUAGGACAGCCACAGAAAGUCUGGGCGUGGUUAGAAGGGGAGGACUUGCAAAAGAACAGCAGGUUUUACAAGCCAUUUUUAGAUAAACCCACAAUGAAAAAAGCCUCAUAAUUAAAUGCAUGCAUGUUUUCAUUUGGGUAUAUCUACUAAAUAGUGAUUUAAAAAAAAUGUCCAGUGGAGUGUCUCUUUAAUGUCCCUGCGUCAGUUUAUUUUCAUCUCAUUUUUUGGUUUAGUAUGAGAGAGUUAACAAGCAUUUUCAAAAACAUAGCACAGAAUUACAGUUUGGCAAGCAAAGGCCUACAUGCUGGAAUUAUAUGUUCUAUAACUAUCUGCUACAGGCAGCAGCGUGGAAUUUGAUUGGUGCGCAGUCUCCAGCAUUCGUACAUUGCGCCAACUUGGCAAAAAGACUGUGGUGGUGAACUGUAACCCAGAGACUGUCAGCACAGAUUUUGAUGAGUGCGACAAACUUUAUUUUGAGGAGUUGUCCCAAGAAAGAAUCCUAGAUGUCUUCCAACUAGAGGUGAGUGGCCAAAGUUAUGAACUUUUGGAGUUUGGUUAGGUUAGCAUUGUUCUGUUUUGACCCUGCUUGAGAUAAUCCUGAAUACUACCACUUACUGUACUACCAAUUGCUUAACCCUUUGAAUACAAAUCUAUGUUUAACAGGUUAAAGACACAGAACACAUUUUUUUACAUUGUUGCAAAUGUAACGUGAAAAUACUAUGUCCUCUAAUACUUUGUUAUUGAUAUCCAAUCUUUUGCAACGGUAUUGGUUAUGCAAUCCCCUGCUUCCCUUUUCUUCUUAUCUCAUACUGUAUGUCUUAGAGCGCUAUGUAGUAAAUUCUUCCAAACGUUCCCUUGAUAUAAAAAUGCAUCAAAGAUCAAUCUAUUUAUGGAGCUUACUAUGUGUUAAUAAUUGAUACAUUAUUUACAACAGAGAAAGGUUAUUUUAAUAGGAGUCUUUCCUGUAUGAAAGCCACAUGAGUUUUUGAUAAAAUUGUUAUACACAACCAAGGAUUAGAGACUGUAUAUGAUGCAGGAUGUGAUUACCUCCAUUAUAAGGUGUAAUCAAGCCAUCCUAAUCAGUAGCUAACAAAAAAAGUGAGAAAACCAGAAGAGUAGACAGUCGGGGGUCAGUGCCAGGGCAAAUGGAGAACCAAGUCGUGAACAUGCCAAAGUGUUUUACAGAAUUGCAAAGCUGUGAAAAUCAAUAUAUCUGGAAAUCCUGGAAGCUUAUACAACGUUCUAGCAUAGUGCAUCCCCAGUUUUGAACCUUCAUUUUUUUUUAUUAUUAUUUAUUAUUAGUUUUACCAUUGAUACACAAUAACUAAGAUGUCAUGCUAUCAUGGUUUGAAAGUGGACACUUACUGUUAUGUUUCCCCUGGAUACAAUACCAUUUUAUGUAUACACAUGCUUGCUAAUUGUCAUGAAUGAGGCAACCUGAGUGCGGUUAGGAGCCUUGGAUGCAGAGAAAGCCUAACUGGGAUUUAGUCCUGGGUAACCUUCCUAGCUAUAAAUGACUUCUAUUCUGAAGAUGGGAUAGAUGCCACGGAGCCCAAAACAUGUAAAUUAGUCCAUAGAACAUAUGCAAGGACACUAUUUGGAUGACAUAGUAACUACUUCAAAGAACUGUACAAACACCAUAACCACUACAUCAUGCUAUUGUGUUUAUGAUGCCAGAAGUACUUUGGUACCUUUCCAUUGUAAGUAGUCACACUGGCUUACAACUCUCAGCACCCACUACAACUUUCAGAGACCGGUAGUACAGGAGCUUCUGGCUCUCCUGUAGAAGUAGUGGAGGCAGGGAGCGGCAUCCGGUGAAUCCCAAGUGAGAAGUCAUAUUGUUCUAAAACAGUUUGGAUACUUGCAAUGGGUGAGUGCCAGGGCACUCUUUACACCAUAACCACUACAGCACGCUGUAUGAGUAUUGUGCUAGGGGUGUUCCUGUAAUAGUGAGUAAAUGACACAUUUCUGCUCUUUUAGGUGGGUUCGGCCAAAUUCAAAUUUUUUACUGUGCAACUGAAACGAUUUACUACUUGGGCACUUAUCACUGGUCUUAUUACUGAUUGCUUUUUUUGUAAGGCAUAGUACCCUACAACACAUUUACAAUCUGUAAAUAUAUCCAGGAUUCUUUGUUGUUUAGUAAAAUGCUUCCAUACAGAUGGAUAUAGCAAUCUGAUUAGGUGAUAAGCAUCACUUGUGCUUUUGUACUGUUUGUCCUCCAAGACAUUUCAUUGAAGUGCCUUACAGUGGAAUUGUCAUUGUCUGAGAUGCUGCAAUGUUCAUUCUGUCUCUUACUAGCAAUGUGAUGGCUGCAUCAUCUCUGUGGGAGGGCAAAUCCCCAAUAACAUGGCUGUGCCGCUUUACAAGAAUGGUGUAAAGAUCAUGGGAACCAGCCCAUUGCAGAUCGAUAGGGCUGAGGACCGUUCUAUGUUCUCUGCUGUUCUGGACGAGCUUAAGAUUCCCCAAGCACCAUGGAAAGCUGUUAAUUCCCUGGUGAGUCAGAUAGAUCAAUUUCAUUUGCAGCUCAAAAACAUAUCUGUACAUCCAGAUAACUAUGAAAUAUCCAAAGAUAUUAAUGAUGUCUUUUUCAAUAUAUAUUUUCAACAGGAUGAUGCUUUGCAGUUUACAAAGACUGUGGGCUACCCAUGUUUGCUUCGUCCUUCCUACGUACUUAGGUAAUAUACAGUAUUAAUGGUAAAGUCUCAUUGCGGGUAACCAGCCUGUGAACCACCAUGUGAUAUUGUGGGAUUUAUACACAUAAGUGGGAACUGUGGACAACUGACAAAACUGUACAUUUAAGCCCAAAGUUUUGAUUUGGAAAACUAGCUGAUUUGGUGAAUUUGUACAAUUGAGAUAUGUUGGCCAAAAACUUGUAUUUCCCUUCUCAGUUCUCCGCAAUUUACUGAAUAAACGCCUGAAUUAUACUCGAUGCUGCUUAAUUAGAGUGCCUAUAAUUCAUACGUGAGGAUAGUGGAACUGCAUCAAUAGUCUACCUAGACAGUAUACUAGCAUGCAUUGGCCUGCAUAGUAUGUGGCUCUGCACAGCCUUCUAUAGUUAAACACGGACAUAUUAAGGUUAAGAAAUAAGAAUCCCACCAUAUUCUCUUCCAGUGGCUCUGCAAUGAAUGUGGUGUAUGGAGAAGAAGAGCUGAAGACCUUCCUUGCUGAAGCCACCCGUGUCUCACAGGUAGGCAGUUUUCUAAACUUUCUUUAACCCAAUGAAGGUAAGCAGUGUCAACAAAGCACGUUGAUCUUGAGAUCAUGACAAACGUUAAGUCAAGUUUUAGGUUGAUAAGGAAUUCUAAUGUUUGAUGCAUAUUCAUUUUAUCCCCCAAAAAUGCAGAAAAUUAUUAAAAUACAUUUUUGGAUUGGGAUUGUGUUGAAAACAAAUACACAAUACUGGUCGAACAUCAAACUAUGGUUGCGAGUUAAGGUCUCAGCUAUAAGCCUCCCUUGGACGCACAUCUCUUUGAGAAGACCACCUGUAAGCCCAAACAGUGUUGUCACAAAACACUUUUUAGAGUAGUGCUACAGUCUUGGUACUGAUGUCUAUAGAAUAAAAUUACUUUUCACCUCUGCCCAGGUAACACAGGUCUGACAUUGUUAACCUUGCAGUGGAUACCACAGUACCCGCAAGAGACACUCUAGGGCAUCCGAAUUUAGUUUUACUGUCUAGACUGACACAUAUAUUAUGAUGUUCAGAAAGGUUCAUAUGUUGAGCUUCCUGACAGCAUUCAAAAUUAUGUGCAGUAUAAUGAGUCUCUAAAAUUCUUUGACAGGGCAAUGUAACAUAGUAAAUUAUCCCAAUAGCAAAUCAUUCUCUUAGAAACAUCCAGACAACCUGGCUCUUGACAGAUGGCACUGAUUUCAAGUGGCACUAAUCAUUUGCUUGAAAAUUUGUUUAUUUAAUGGAAAUAUAGGUAUAACCGUGUCAUGUCUGGAAAGUGUAAAGUGCCAAGUAUCGAUAUAAAGUUUUACACUACAAGUCAUUGCACAGCUAAUCAUCAGUGGUGGAGUGAUGGGGACUUUCUCUUGCUUCUGCCACAAUGUAACAGACACAUAUUAUUUAGAAGUGGUACUUGGGAACUGGUCUAGGUGGCAUGUAUUGAUCUUGUAUAAAAUCAGGUUAUUUACUAAACAGGAUGUCAUAUUCUGAAACAAUGGGUAACUGUUGAGAACUGGAGAAAUAUGCAUGCUUAAUACUAAAGCACGGAGUCACAUUUUCAGGGGAUAAAAUGGAAUAUAUAUUAAAAAAAAAACACAUGCCUUUCUACCUUCUUCUGAGCGAUUGUAUAUAACAUUGUCUACUGCGAAAUGAUCCAAGGUUAAAAACAAAGAUUAGUCUUAUAAGAUCCUGGGCAUCUGAAAGGAGGAGGUUAUCUGCAGUCUGUUACCAAAUGCAUCUUCAGUUCAUAAUAAAAUGCCAGUUUCUUUAUUUUAAUAUUUGUGGAUAAAAAUGUUAUCAUACAUUAUACAUAAUGAAUUGGCAGACUAGCAGAGAUCGUUAAUACGUGUGCCAACUUUUAGGCAGUUCUUCCUUGUUUUCCCAUCACUCACUUUUUUGGCAUAAGCAGGGGUUUUAAGUCAUUUACAGUGUAUCCAGUGGGGUAUUGAUUCAUAGAAGAUGAAAGCUUUUGGCUUAGUCUUUUAAAUGCUCUCUAGGUGGUAAGUAGGAAAGAUGGGUAUUUACAUAGCUAAGUGAUUGAUCUUCGGGAAAAAAAACGAUACUGUUAAAAGCUGACAACUCCACGAGUCUGGCAGAGCGAGCUAUGUCUGUAAGGACUUAAGAUGUAAAUAGGCAGCUUUCUCACAUGGGACAUUCUCUCUCUUAUUUCAACAGCAUCUAGAAUCAGAAGUUCUAUGUUUAGAGCAAAAACAGAAUAAUUUGUGCUUUUUACAUUUAAUUUUUUUUUACAAGAGACAUGUUUGAUUUUUUUGUCAGGAACACCCAGUUGUCAUCACCAAGUUCAUAGAAGGAGCUCGGGAGGUCGAGAUGGAUGCUGUCGCAAAGCAAGGAAGAGUACGUUUUUAGUUUAUAUAGUCCACUUGGGACCUGUGGCUGUUCAAGACCUGCACUAAGAUGCUCUUAAUAGUCCUUUUCAACUAUUGGAUCUUUAUUAUCACUUAUCAUCCUUCAAAUUUUUUAUAGUGUACUUUUAGACUGUUAUUAUCAUGAAAUUGUGUUCAGAUACCGUAUGCAAGAUUCACAUAUUUUGCCAUACUAGCAUAAGGCUCAGCAUAUUUUCCUGCUAGAAGAUACUUGAGGUUCUACCUUUUGGCCUCCCUUGGUUUAGUUGUCUAUAAAAAAAUUGUGAAAAUGUAAUUUGAACAUAUUUUAUUUCUAAUAGUUGUGUGCAUAUUGUACAAAAAUACACACUAUAUUUCAAAGUAUACAGAAAAUGCAUGUUACUUCUGUAAUAGAAGUCUUGGCUAUUUAUUUUUAGAAACAAUUUUAUUAUGAUGUGUGAAGGACAGAAUUAAAAUUCUGUCCAUGUUAUCACCAACUUUAAAAAGACACAAGGAGGAGGAUUACUGAUUAAUAAAGUGAUACUAUGUUCUAGAGCAAGGGUCCUCAAACUCCGGCCCCCCAGAUAUUGCUUACCCUCAACUACCAUGAUUCUCUGGCUAUCUAUGUAAUUCAAAGAAUCAUGGGAGUUGUAUUUCAGCAACACCUGGGGGGCCGGAGUUUGAGGACCCCUUUUCUAGAGUUAGUAAGGUUCUGAAUGUCCUAUAUAACCUGCUGUGUCCUGAAUGUUUCAGAUGUACAGACUGUUCCUGACACUGACAACAAUAUUUUUAUUGUGUGUAGUGACAUGAUGGUGGGCACCUGUCAGUGGCUAAAUUACUAUGAACAGUGUUACCCAACUAGAGGGCCAAUGACCAGAUAGCCAGAAAACCCAGUGUCAUCUCUCUUUGUGUUGUACACAAAUUAGAAUAAGGAACCCUUAUAGUCAAUAAAUACUGUCUGAAGAGCUCUCCUGAUUUUGUAGUCAUAUAUAGACUGUGAGUCAGCAACCAUAACCAUGGCCAACCUCAGUUGCAGUUCAUCAUAUAGUGCAGUGGUUCUCUAACCCACAUCCACGUUGGACAAAACUGACACGAAGUAAGUGGAAAUGUUAAUUCCAUAUCAUUAAUGCAGCCAAGAUGGGGCAGUCCUUGAUUGCCAGUAAUAGCCCUGGUUUAUAUCAAAUGGUUUGAUAUUAAACCAAGAAGCUGGACCUGAUAGUGGGUACUCUAAUAACCACUAUAGCUAACUUGUUAUCUGGUUAUAUUGUGCACAUUUUACUUUUUUGUCAGUGACCCAAAAUAACAUUAGCUAGGCCACUCAUUCUUCAGUUAUAUUAGCUCAGUGAUUAAUUCGUCAAGUUUUAUAGGUAACAUUAAAUUACAUUUAGCAAAACACAUUAAUUAUACUCUUGCCAGGACCAGAGGGGUCUUUUUUUUUACUGCUCCGGGUAAAGUAAUGUGGCGAAAGUGAACAAUUUAUUGUGUGCAGUUGCCCGAAGCUUGUUCAUACAAGUUGGAACCCAAUGAAAUGACAUGAAGAUCCAUUUUUCGUCCCAACCAAGGGAAUAAAAACAUUUAUAUCGCUUGUAGUUUCGGCAUCCAGCAACAACCAAUGCACAUUACCACUUUAUUACUGGGAGUUGAAAUAUAUCUUUGAUAUAAAAUUGUCAUCUUCUCCCUUGUACAGGUGAUCUCUCAUGCUAUUUCGGAACAUGUGGAAGAUGCAGGAGUUCACUCUGGUGAUGCCACCCUCAUGAUCCCCACACAGACUAUUAGCCAAGGGGCACUGGAAAAGGUGAAUAUCUGUGUUACAAUGUACCAUUUAAUAUUCUAAGAAAGUAUCUUGCAAGAGCUUUAGAUCAUUGAUUUAAACUUAUAGUUGCAAAAGAGGUCAGAAACAUAUGAUAAAUAUCAAUAUUGUAGCCCCCUAGAGCAGCAAAUUAUAUUAGAGUAGUGCUACUAUCCAUUUAAUUUAAUGCUGUUUAUUAAAUCAUUUGUGUAUUAGAUCACUUUUUUCUUGAGGGCAAGUGAUAUUUUAUGUCCCACGCAAAAGAACAGAACUGCAACAUUGAGCUUUUUUCUUAUUGUUUCUUGCGCAUGUGACUUUUCCAUGCUGUUGUGCUUAACAUUAAAAUAAUUGUGAUGGGGAGUAAGUUAUGCCUGAAAUCUUAUUGUAACAAAUAAAUCAAAAAUAUAAAUGAAAAAAGUGCCAAACAAAUUAAAUUAGUUACAUUGUCACAUUUUGUUUGGCAAUUUUUUCAUUUGUUCGUUAGUUUUAUCCUGAGACGGUUACACAUUGAAAAGCUGAUAAUUAGUAUUCACAAGCGUACCCCAGAAAUAUUCAUACAGGUUUUUAAUUAUACAGUUUUACUUACUAAAGUUAGAACUCAAAGUGAAUUCCCAAUUUAAGGCCAGAGUAGCCAAUCUGAAAGCAUAGUUUACUUAUCUUGGUUAAUUAUACCUUAAAUUUUAAAUCACUUUGAAUUCUCUCUUUCGUGAACAACCCUGAUAAAUAUUUCUCCUGUGCUUCUUUGGCAAUCUACAGAAUGAUGUCAGAUGUAUAAGAGAUAUUUAAUAGGACUCUUUCAAGCAAACCAUCUGUUGGAUUUAACUGUUUACUUUGGCUCCACAUUGUGCAAUUACGGCUGCUGCCCCCAUAAAUAGAACGCAUGCAACUCACGAUCACACAUUUUCAAGCCUGCUCUCUACCACAAUGUGUAGAUAAAAAUAUUUAGAUUGAACAGCUGGGCUCAGCAUUUGCUUGAUAUAGUCCCUUAAGUAUUUACUCUGGCAAAAGAUAAGCGAGUGCUAGCCCAAGACCCCUGACAAUCUAUGAUAUAUUGGUACAAGGGUAAGUAGAAUUCACAUAUCUCUACUGCACAACCUGGUUAUUAAGUGACACCGUGAUGACGCAGUACAUUGAUGUUCCUUUGCAAGCUACACGGUUUGCACUAAUAUUUUUUGAAUGCUGAAUUAACAAUGAUUUAUGAACGUGUUCCGUGGUUUAUCAGGGAGGAAAAAGUCUUGACUGUCCUCUCUGAAUGUUACUAUAGAAAUGGGUCUAGACACAUAAUAUGUGAUCCAUAUUGUUCAGUGCAUGCAUCAUAGCCAUCUGACAAUCUACAUUUUUCUACUGGACCUGUGAUUCUGGGAUAGGGUGUAAGAGUAGCAGAAUGUCUAUUGUUCCAUAAAAGGGGUGUCUGGUUACUAAAUUCCACAAAUAUGAUGAGAUUUUUCAAGGUGAAACAGGUGCUGUUCCAGGUGCAAAGUGCUAAACGUUGAGAUACAUUCCAUCGGUUUCCAUGGUAAUUGCUCCUUACUUAGAGCUUUGCCCCUAAAUAGCACCUUUUCAUACCUUAAUAAACUCUCAUAUUCUAAUGGAAAACAAUAUAUAAAUAUAUACAUAUAUAUAUAUUUAUUUAUUCAUAUUUAAUACUUUGUUAUGUAUGUAUAUAGGGUGUUAAAAGAAAGCCCUAUUAUUUAUUUCACCGUUAAAAAAUUAUAUAUAAUAUUUAUGGCUAAUUAAACAGAAAGGGUGAAAUUGUAGUAGGUUGAACGCAUAGUAAAAGUGCCAAAUCGACCUUGUACACAAACGUGUUGCAUAUCAAAAGCCUUGGUCCUUAGCAGAUUCAUUUUUGCAACUUAUUUCUCAACAUCUCAAUGUUUAGUGAAUAGGCCCCUGCUGCCAUCCAGCAAACAGAACCAAAUGACAAUGCAAUGUUCUAAUCCAGUAUAGAUUUCCUGCACCCUUACAAUGUAAUGUAAAUCCAACCACAACUGAGGUUUUGUUAGUGAUUUAUACGUUUAAUUGAAUUUACAAAUCUUUCUGAAGUUUUACUUUUAAAGUAUAUAUUUGGAAUGCUUUCAGGAUACAAUAGAAACGUAACAAAAUUCUCAGGUCUUUAAUUGCUCCAGCUGUGUAGACAUUGGCGCAUUAUUUAAUCAAUGAAGUAAAAAGGUUUUGAUCAGUAUCUAAAGACAGGAGCAUGAAUUAUGGAUUCCGAGGGAUUUGCAGAGGUGCUUUGUUAGGCAAAGAGGAUGCUUCUCAAUCAGCAAAGUCAUUAAAAGACUUAAUGUGAAAGACAAAAGAAGGUUUUAAAUGGAGUUGUGUGCCUGGGGGAUAUCACUGAUCUGCUUCUUUAAAAAAAAAAAAAAAAAAAAAUGUAAAAUUGAAAAGUGGUACUGCAACAUUAUUGUCCUCUUCUGUAAUUUGCAGGUGAAAAUUGCUACCAAGAAAAUUGCAAAUGCUUUUGCCAUCUCUGGACCCUUCAAUGUACAGUUCCUUGUCAGAGGAAAUGAUGUUCUGGUAAGAAAAUGGCUUCGCAAUAACUGAUAGCAUUCUAAUAAUCUGCCUCCUUCAUGUGAUCAGCCACUAUCGAGCUACAGCAGAUAAACUCAGCCGUGCUUCUUAGUACUGAUUGCACAUGUACAGUAGAGAGAAAUACACAUUUGUUCCAUUGGCUUGCAUGCAAUCUGAUACAUGUUAAGCACCUUGAUUUCUACAGGUUAUACAUCUAGCUCAGCUCACGGGUACUUUAAACAGGUGUAGAUUUGGAUAACUGCAGCUUUUUUUUUUUUUUAGGUAGAACUUCUAAAAUAGUAACAUUGAAGAUUAAAAGCAGUAUGCAAACAGUGGGGACACGCUGGUUUUGCAAUCUCCCACGUAGAUACCAUGUUUAACAUCUAGUUUAUAUGAUUAAAGGAGCACUAUAGGGUCAGGAACACAAACAUGUUUUCCUGGCACUAUAGUGUUAAAUCCAUCAAUUAAAACUAACCUUAUUUCCAGCGCCACGCGGGUCCUCUGGUGCUGAUGUGCGCCCCCUUGGUGACAUAAUCAGAAUUGCUGAUUUUUAGCCAAUCCAAUGCUUCAAUCCAAACAUUGGAUUGGCUAGAAUCAGCAAGGGGGCAUGGCCAAAUACCGUUUUGACCAAUCAGCACCUCCUCAUAGAGAUGCAUUGAAUCAAUGCAUCUCUUUGAGGAAAAUUCAGUGUUUCCAUGCAGAGCGUGGAGACACUGAACGGCAGUGCUGACUACUUUGCAGCACUGAGCCAGGAAGCACCUCCAGUUGCCAUCUGAGGAGUGGCCACUUGGAGGUUUCCCUAGGGGCAAUGUAAACACUGCAAUUUCUCUGAAAAGGCAGUGUUUGCAUGAAAAUGCCUGCAGGGAAUGAUUAUACUCACCAGAACAACUACAUUAAACUGUAGUUGUUCUGGUGACUUUACUGUCCCUUUAAAUAUUUUACAGUGUUAUUCAGUAAAUGGAGAAUUGUCAGCAAUUUAAAGUGUGCUCCAAACUUUAUACCAAACUAGCUAAACUGGUAGCAUAGUUGACUUGGAGAAUUUUCCAACUCAUCUAACUUCUCCUUAAAUUUAAAAUUCACUUUGAAUUCCUGACAAUUCUCACGUUGGUAAAUAACCCUGUAAUGUCUUCUUCUCAAUCAAGGUGAGUUUACAACCAACACAAUGCACUCUCUUAAUGAACUCAACUGCGAUUCUGAAUUAUAUGUAUGACGGAUGCUUAUUGUUGUGUCAUUGAUAUCCAGAAGAGUGUGAUCAUGCGUUCAUUUUGCUUGAUCCACUUAUAACAUGUGAAUGUGAAUGUUUUGAGAAAAUUGGAUUUUUAAUUAACAGGGUUUCUGUUACAAACUGAAAUCUGAAUGGCAACAUGUAGGCCUAAGUAGCUGAUUUGGAGAAAAAAAACGUCAUCACUUAUAGACACAGCUUGUAUUUUUUUGCCUGAAUUUUGAAAUUUGGAUUUUAAAUAAAUAAACGUUUAAGAAUACUUGUUCUUACCAGUUUCUGAAAGGAGCCUAAAUUACAUGCAAAGCCCUAGCAUGGCAAUAUUAUCUCAAUGUUUAUAGGCGUUGCUGUUACAGAAAUAAAUUUUUUGUUCUGGGUGUUUGUGGUUUGUCAAAUGUGUCUUUUCAACCUUUGGGGACCCAGUAAAAAAAUGAGGACCCAGUUUUUUAGGUCCUGACCCAGAGGUUAAAAAACAAUUAUUUAAGAAUAUUCUCCAAAGUGUGUAUCUAGGCCUACAUUUGCAGCAGAUUCACAAUGAUUCAUUGUUUAGCGAAUACACCCCUUGAUUUCCUUAAAACGGACACAGCCGGACACUGAAACUUCUUGCUGUGGUCUAUGUUUUCUCUCAGGGUUAUCUACUAAAGUGAAAACUGCCGGAAUUUUAAAGUGAAUUUCAAAUUUCGAUUUACUACAAUUCAGAGUUUAGUGAAUACUUCCCACGUACUCCAAUUUUGCUUACAUAACCUGUUUGUAUUGUAGUCACCUAUAGUUACAUAACGGGCUGUGGAAUACUGUGAACCUCGACUAAGGAGGUCUAACCAUUCACUGCGGGGAAACGGCAGCCUUAUGGGACAAUUUCCAUUUGCAAAGCAAUCUAAUUUCUUGUAGGAGCCUGUCCAAGUUUCUUCCUCCUCCUUCUGUGCUUGAUGCAACACACAGACAGCUGUGUGUAUGUGGGCUGCCUGCAUAAUACCUUCUCCGAGCGCCGUCACUACACUAUUGAUAUGUCAAUCACUAUUCUGUGAGCAACUUGACAAAGCAUUGAUAAGAAAAGAGCCCCUAUCAGACUGUAUAAUACAGUAAUACCAGGGUGCUGUCACAAAGAGAACGUGUCACCUGUCAGGAUGUGCGUUGGUGUUAGACACGGAUCAAAGUCCUAUGGGUGCUUGUUUGUUAUAGCACAUGAAAUAUUUAAAGGCGUAGCAUUAAGAUAAAUAUUAAUGAGGACGAUACAAAAAUAAUAUUCUGUGUAUUUUUUUAAAUGUGUUGCGCACACACUAGUAAUCAAAGGGUUACAUUUAGAUACUAUUAUAGUUAUAUGCAAAAUGUUGUGCUAAAAUACCUGGUAAACAGACUCAUUAAAUAUUGAAUUGUAGGAAAAUGAAAAUCAAACUGCAAAAUUUAGACAAAAAUAGACAAGCUGCAACUAAAAUAGAGUGGACAUUUUUCUUUAAUUUCUACGUCUCUAUAUCUUUUACAUUAAAAGGCUUUCUCUCAAGUGCCCCAUAACUUUAUAGCUAUAGAUCAGACCUGCACAACGUGUGGUCCCCCAGAUAUUUUGAACUACAACUCCCAUGAUCCCCUGGCUAUCAGCCAUGAUCCCCUGGCCGUAGGUUGUGCAGGCCUGCUCUAGAUCUACAUGCAGCUAACAAGACGUCCCUCGAAAAUCUCCGCUUCAAAAAUGCUUAAACGAACACUAUGGCAUUAGGAAUACAUAUAUGUAUUCCUAACGCUAAAGUGUCCUUGUCACUGUUUAAGUGACAAAGCCGCUGCUAAAGAGGUGAACUUACGUACCUUUUCUCCCUCACAAUGCAAGUCUCCAGUCUUCCCUCUCUUGCGCUGAGAUCAUCGAUUAAAUAAUCGAGUUUUACUCCACUGAAAAACCUCUGGUAAUUGUCAGAGAUGGGUUAACCCUGCAAUAAAAACAUUGCUGUUCCUGUAGAAGGGCAAUGUUUUCAGUUGCAGGGUUAAACCCCGGGAGACAUGGUACCCAGACCACUUCAUUGACAUUAAGUGAUCUAGGUGCUUCAAGAGUCCCUUUAGAAUCUAUCUAGAAUACACUCGGAACCUCAACUAACCAUCUUUCUAAUAAACACGAAUCAUCACCUAUGGCACUGUCUUCCUACUCUUUUCAAUAAAUCAUGUUUCCCCUGUCUCCCAAAUUUUUCAGAAUAUAGGCCUGCAUGUCUGUCAAAUAAAGAACUUUCAAAUAUAGCAUCUAAAAUUAGAACUAGCAUGAAAACAAUACCUUAGAUAUUUUGUAGAAUAUAUAAAUAUAUUCUACUUGCUACUUUGCAAAAGCGAUAAUCAAGAUACCAUUUUAGUUUAUAAUAUAUCACUUGAGUUUCUAUUCCCUGUUUCAGUCUCUCUUGAUGGCAUAAUUGAAAUAAAUGUAUUAAGUUUGCUGUGCUGGUGUAUAAUAUCGACUUCAUGACAUGUGCCUCUACUUCUUGUCUUGCAUGCCUAACCUCACUUGAGCAUGGCAUCUGAUGAGGAACUAUUGUGAUCUAGUGUGAUAAAGCUCAUAUCUUCACUUUCGUUGCUCUUUUAUGACGCUCCAGUGAAUACAUUUGACAGAUAUGUCACCUAUUAUAUAUUCAGCAGUGCAACACAACAAAGGUUCUGGAGAGAGAAUUCUGUGUUAUUUCUCACACACUGUCAACGUUGAAAUGGGUCACUGGUGGUACACAUAUUACGUCACCACAGCUCUAUGACUAUUUCGGCCCACAGACUACUCAUCGAACUUCAUUAUUCGGGACCAAUAUGGCACUUUGGAUCCGUAGAUAUAAUUAAUCAUAAGGUAUAAAAAUAGCAGUGUUGGUUUCUACAUGAGACCAACUACAUAAAUGUUGCUUUUUCCACAACAAACUAAAGUAACAUUAUUAAUAUUUGUUCUUAUGAGCACAUUAUUCCUAUCCUUUAUCUGUGUUCGUAUCACAAGUUAUUCCUAUGGUAAUAGGGGAAUCCAGAACUGAAAUAUCUAAAUUGUUUUCUAUUUUAAGAAAUACAGAUAUUAGAUUAGGUUUUUUCAUGAAUGCUCUUAAAAAAAUACUUGACAAGCCACCACUGAACACUGUAAUUGGGCUUCAAUUUGCUGAAGUAACUUCUAUAAAAGACGUCAUUUUGUGUAAAAUUGGUUUGGAUAUUGCAGUUGAUUAUCACAUUGCAUCUCUAUCUAAGAUUCAUGAGUAUUGCUAAAAUUAUUUCCACAUAAGGAAGAUGCAGUUGUAUUAGAAUGUCCUGAUUCACGUUGAUAGAUUAGCAAGUUGUUCAUUACAGAUUGAGUUGCAUGAAUCUCUCUGAAUACAAAAUGACUUCAUAUAUUCAACUUUCUUCAAAUUUCUAUUAUUUGGACAUUUUUACAUUUAACAUUAGGUGAUCGAAUGCAAUCUGAGAGCUUCCCGAUCUUUCCCCUUCGUGUCCAAGACCUUGGGAGUUGACUUCAUUGAUGUGGCAACAAAAGUCAUGAUUGGAGAAGAACUGGAUGAAUCCUCUCUUCCGACCUUAGAGAGUCCCAUCAUCCCAGCAGAUUACGUUGGAAUCAAGGUGAGCUUUCUGGGUAGAUUGCUGUUAUUGUUAACCGCACUAUCUGACAAUAACAUAUACAUUGGUAGUACACAGAUCUUUAAAGAUUGGACAUGAAAUGACCAACUACAACCUUGACUAUGUUAAUGUUAAAGAUAAACACUGUCAAUAUCAUAACCUAUGCUUAAUUUAACCUGGUCAGUUUUUUUUUUUCUAUUAAGAAUCAUGGGCUAGAGAACAGAUGAUUAAGUAUCACAACCUGCACCUUAAAACCAAGAUUAACAAGAAAACUAGAAGAACAAAAUAUUUAAAAGAAACAAAUAACUGCCUUCUGCGAUUCUUUAUUAACAAAAUAUAUAAGUACCUAUAUUACAUACAUUGUAAUUGAAAAUGUAGAUCAAGGUGCAUUGGUGGUAGGCUUUGAUUUUUAGUUGGUAUCCCUCAGAUCUGAAAAAACUUUUAAACUUUUUAUGAGAUUCUUUAUUCAACAAUGUAUGGAAUUAGUCUUCAAAUGACUGUACAAUUAAAUAAAUUGAUUAUAUUCCAUUAUCCCACCCAUAGGCACCCAUGUUCUCCUGGCCCCGCCUCCGAGGAGCAGAUCCAGUCCUACGAUGUGAGAUGGCAUCUACAGGCGAGGUAAAUGUCCUUCUUAAAAGAACAUUGAGAACAGGGUUAUGUCUACGUUGUGCCAGCACUGGAAAUGGGUUAUUCUUGUUUUACUUUCAAGUAGUUGUUCCUAUUUUACUUUAAAGUAGUGGGUACAUAACUAAAGCUACUGCACCUAAUAUCUGUGUUUUAAAGAAACAUUUAGAAUCUCAGUAAAUUAUUAGUCAUAGCUGCGAGUUCUUUAAAUGAACUGAUCCACAAAGGCACUUUUUAUCACUUGUGGUGGCAAUGUCACAAAAUAAUACAUUUUUUAUAAACAUGACAAUUUAUGGACUUGAAGAUUUUGAAUGAAGCAAUUCCUUGGGAUUCCUACCUUUGAAACUCAUGACAAAAGGGAAAACUCUGGUCCAUAAUGUCUUUUGCCACUUAAUAAUUGGUAGCAACAUAGUGGCUCAUUGACUCCCUACCAUGCAUUUUUCCAUUUAAAUAAACAAAAUAAAGUCAUAAUAGCUUAUAGAUAAAUUCUCAGAACAUGCCCAGCUUUUGUAAAACUAUGGGACCCAUAAUUUCAAUACAGUUGUAGCUAGCGAUUCUGCACACCACACAGGAGCGGCUCAGGCUUUUGAUCUCUAAUUUUUACUACUGUUUUUUUAUUUAUUUUUUAUUUGUGGUUUACAUUCUUCCUGACUGAUUAUUGCAUGGCAAUUCCACCAUUGAAGUCUAUUAUUCAGUAAGGAGUGCAAUCCUUUACUCUGCUAAGAGAAUUCAGCCAUACACUGGUAAAAUGUAGACUGCUGAUUGUGGACUUUUUAUGCACUACUUUAAAUAAAGAACUAUAAAUGGUGGUGUAAAAACUUUAGCGACAACCCGGAUUAGGAAACAAAAUAAAGAACAGGUAAUAUUGCUUGAAUUCAGGUCAAUGAUUUGUAUAUGAUGAUAUACUGAUUCCAGUCUUAUACUCUCCAUGUAGGUGGCCUGUUUUGGAGAAAACAUCUACUCUGCAUUCCUGAAGGCCAUGAUCUCUACUGGCUUCAAAUUACCCCAAAAGGGAAUUCUCAUUGGAAUCCAGGUUAGAAAUUGAAAUUUCAGCUACAACCUUUUUUUCCAACUAAAAGCUAACAGAGCAAGCUCUAAUAUAAUUCUAGCUGAGCUAGUAAUAGUUAUUUCAUAGCAAUUCCAGCAAGUGUUAGAAGGUGGCCAUCAGUGGUCUAGGGACCAAGUACUAAUUUAAAUUCUUGGCCAUCUUUGCAUUGUUCCUGUCUGUUUUUCAGACCUCUCCUCUAUGAAUUUAUUGCCAUACUAUUUCUUUCUGUGUACCUCCAUAUUUAAUAUAACACUCUCAAUCAUAUUUAAUCCCUACCUCUCCCAUUAUGUCUGUAUCACUGCCUACUCACUUUCCAUGUCCUUAUCAGAAAUUACAUGUUGAGUUGUUGUUCUAUUUUUUUUUAAACAAACUGUUUAACUCGUGUCUAGCAUGUAAUUUUUAUGGUUUUCACCUUGUUCAAUUCAGUCUCUGUAACGAUACCUUACCUUUACCCACCGGACCCGCUCAGAGCGGCGUUCUCCCUUGCUGCUUCCGAGUGGCGGCACAGUCUGACACUGGCCGAUCGGAGCACGCCGACAUCAUCAGAAUAUUGCCGCAGAAAUUCAAAUGUGGCCACGCUCCCGAACCUUUUGGGGGCGUGGCUUUAAAGUAAAAGACACCUCACUAUAAAAAAGCGCCCAUGUCAUUUCUUCAGCGCCCUAGUGUGGUUCUUGUGUGUUCCCUCUAGUGCUCUUGUGAUUUUUGUCUGUUUUCUGGUAUUUUGACUCUUGGCUUUCCAUACUGACUCCUCUCCUCUCUGGUUCCCUGAUUAUUGGCUUGUUUAUUUCUCAUGUAUUCCGAUUUCUGUACUCCCUCGACCUCUGGCUAUUCCUUUGAUUAUUCUUUGAUGUUGAGUCUGGCCACCCUAAGGUCCGGUAUACGUCUCUUUCUGGGUUACUCUCUGCGUGAAGGGGUCACUGUCGUGACAGUCUCCCUGUCUUGAUUUCACCUAGAAAUAUAGAUAUAUGUCUAUAACACCUUAAACGUCACACUCUGCUUUUUAGUGGUGAAUUUUAUCCAUCCAACAUACAAAAGGUGGACUUUAUCAAGCUUAACAAAGGCACUUGCAGUGCUGAAACAUUGCUGUGUUGUGGCUUGGAUGAAUACAUUUUACCAUUGAGAAACUGUGUGCAGUUUGUAUUCAUUUCUAUUACAUUUGAUAGGACUCAAGGGUUGAAACUGUAAGUCCAGCGCUGCAAAAUAAAGUUAGUGCCUUCCCAUGAAUUGGAUUUGUACCAGCUUACAGGCACCUCUGGUAUUAGUCCACCUACUUGUGAAAGUCUUUAAACUCUGUCUCUCUGAGAUAUAAAAAAACCUAUGUAUCCUAGAUUCAGAAAUGUGUUAUCUGUUCUCAGUGAUCGUGUAAAUGGAUGUUGCUAUUACCGUCACCUGCAGCGAUGAAUUAUUGUCACUGAUUAUGUGUUUGUAGAAUCUCACAAUGUAUCCACAAGGUGUUUAUUGACUAUCUUUUGCAGCAUUCAUUCCGCCCCCAUUUCCUUGGCACAGCUCAGCAACUCAAAGAUGAAGGAUUCAAGGUACACAAUAGUUUUCUUUAUGUAUUUCUUGUGUGCGUCUGAUUAACAUAUUCAGUAUCUUUCACACUGAUUUGGACUAUUUGUGUAAUUUCAUAUCCCAAAUGAAAAUCUUCAAUUUUCUCAUUAUCAUCAAUGUUACAGCUAUAUGCUACAGAGGCCACGGCAACUUGGCUCAAUGCAAAUGAUGUUCCAGCCACACCUGUUGCAUGGCCAUCUCAGGAAAAUCAGAGCAACAGUGGUCCCUCAAUUUACAAGUAAGCUAAAACAGAUAUUAAUGUGCCCCUAUCAACUGCGUAGAAAGAACAGAGAUACUCCAGAAAAUUAUGUUUGUUUCCUGUAACUGCAUUGGUUUCUAUACAUACAUUUAAAUUGAAUGCAAUGAAAAGAUAUAAGCAGUUGGAAAAUAAUUCUCCUAUGGUCAAGUUCAGCCGUCAAAACUUGAAAAAGUUUAAGUUUUGCUAAAAGACAUCGUCUCACAAACUGCCAGAUGGUGGUGUCGCAGGAUCCUCCAUAGACCUCUGUAUGACAAUCUUGCCCACACAUAAGAGCAAGAGAAUACAAUACAAUACAGAAUUGAUGCGGGUGUCUGGCAAUGCUAAGAGCUAAAGAAGUGAGUGUGGAUUAAUCUAACAUUAAGCAUUUUACAGGUAGUUAGGAAAUUACUGACUCUGACUACAUCUCCUGGUGCUUUUACUAGUUCAAAGUAUAGAUGAGGUCCAGUGGAAGCUGACUAUAUCAUGUAUUAGGGAUAACAAAGUCCCUUUAAUUUAAAAUAACCAAUUUAUGAGUGAGUUACUGCAAUAAAUAUGUACAGGCUUGAACAUUCCUAUUUUAUAUUAAAAUGUCUAUAACACAGUUAUUGUAGAAACAAGAGGACUCCUGUACUUCCUCCACAAACAAGGUGCUUAGCUGGACCUAAGGCUGGCUAGACCUCAGCCAAUAGUAGAAAGAACAGGAUGGUCCAGGUACUCCAGGUGUCUAAAUACGGCAGAUUAAUUGGAGAACACAGCAAUGUUUCGACCUCUACUGUGGUAUUUAUCAAGUCUUUUUUGCACACCUUGAGUGCCUGGACCAUCCUGUCCUUUCUACUAUACCCAAGGUAUGACCAUGUGCAUGAUCGCAAGGCUGUAGAAUGUAAAUAACAAAGAGUAUGUGAUUCUCAUCCUCCUUAACAUUGUCACCAAAUAUGUGAGAAAACAGAAAAAGUUAAGGUUUUGGUUUCACAAAUUGUUCAAAGCACAAGUACGUUUAGCCACCAUGCCGUUUCACCAAAGGUAAACCUAAUUAUGGUUUGAUAUAUUUUUAUAAUUAGUACUUCUAAUUCUGGUUACAUUUAAAAUUAAACUUGCCAACUAGACUUUGGAUAUAACAUAAUGUCACUUCAGAUCUGUAAUUCUGCAUCAAUGUUCCAAUGGAUAUAAAUAACCUAAUGCUUUGCGGCAUACGUCAGAGUUUCUGUACUGUUUUCCAAUCAAAUCCAGUAAAUCAUUGAUUAUCUUGGGACCUGGUGUGGGUUUUUCUUGAUCAAGUGACAGUCAACGAUCUCACACUAAUGUAUAAUCCACCUAUUUGGCACAUAGUCAAUUCCAACAUGCAAGUCAUCUGUAAGAUUCAUUGUUCACUGAAAUUGGGGCAAUUAGUUCCCUCAUCAAGGGCUGGUGCUUUGAUUGCCUUCCUUGCUAUGAAUGAUAGCUAUUUUUGUGUAAACAAAAUCUAAACAUUCAUUCAAUAAAAAAUAAUUGAUAUCAACUAUUUUCUACUAAAGUAUUAGUUUUGCCAAACCAAAAACAAGCAUUUUAUUUAUAUUCCUAAUAACCUUGUUCAAAAUAUCUUGCGGCAGUACAGAUUUAUAGGAACACUCCAGGCACCAUAACAACUUCAUCUCAAUUAAAUUGCAUGAGAAAGGUACACCCUUUUCUCACGCAACUGAUGCUCUAAACCUAUCACUGGCACCCUGUCUAAAGAUUCCGUAUUGAAGCCGGGGUCGUGACCAGAAGAAAAAGAGCAUUGUGGAUCUUCACAACUUUAGGAUUUAACAUUUUUAUUCAGGUCAGACAACAUUGAGAUGAAGUUGUUAUGGUGCCAGGAGUGUGUCUUUACAAAAAUCAUAAUUUGAAAACAUUUUUACAGAGUUAAAGGAGGUAGAUGGUUGUGUGCUGCAUAUUAUUGUAGCACUAUUACUUUAAAUGGGACAUGCCACUAAUACUAAGCUGACAACUUUUAUUUUUUACUCAGGUUAAUUAAGGAAGGUAACAUUGACAUGGUUAUUAACCUUCCUAAUAACAACACCAAAUACAUUCGUGAUAACUUUGUGAUCAGGAGAACUGCAGUGGAUUGUGGUAUCGCUUUGCUCACCAACUUCCAGGUAAGAUGUCCUUACAGAGAUUUCUUACUUCCCUGGUCAUGUGCAUCUUGUAUAAAUCUUAAAUCAGUCUUAUUAAACAGACAUAGGUCCAUAAUUCAUACACCCCAGCCAAUGCACAUAUAAUUGCACCAAAUAAUGCCCAUCAGACAAUUAUGUGGAUUUAGAAACUAGGCUAAAAGGAACUGCUACAGGACAUGACUAGCAAGUUCUGCCUUAUUUGACUUGAUUCACUUUUAAAAUGUUGACUUUUACGUACACUGAUAUUGUGUACUACACAUAUGCAUUUGUUGCAUUUGCCUUUAAACCAAUCGAUUACAGUUGACCAGCGGGCAAAUACGUGAUAAUUCUAACUCCGAAUUAUGAAACAAACAGAACAGUUUCACCCAUUAAAAACAAAUUGAAAUAUUUUUGCUUUGGACAAAUCAAUUAGUUGUCAAACAAAUUGAUAUCUUUAAAGACAAAUUAAACAAAUGCACAUCUGUUGUGGAUUAUGAUUGUUGCCUUCUGGGGCCCUUUGUUGUACCUAGCACAUUAUUUGGAAUUUUUCCUUUUUGUUGCGGUUUAUAUUGGUAUUAAAACCAGUUCAUAACCAGGUAAAACUAAUGUUUCUUUUAGGUGGUCAAAUUAUUUGCCGAAGCAAUAAAAUACUCUGGAGAUCUGGACGCCAAGAGCCUUUUCCACUACAGACAGUUUGGUGCUGCCAAAUCUAAGUAGACAGCCUCAGCUAUCAUAGAGCAGCUUUCCUAUAGGAAGAGAAAAAGUGACAAUACCAGCCACAAGUUCAUCUUCUGUUUACUUUCAUUUACAUUUCUUAUGAGAAUUCAUUUGUUUUCUUUGACAAUUUCGGUGCAGUUAUAAACUCUAACGUCAAUCUACUCUAUUUCUUACUAGGAUAUGAUAAAGUAAAUACACAGGGAUGAUUGCACAUCAUUGAACACACUUUUAAAGUAAUAUAAACUUUCUUUGUUUUAAAAAAAUUGUGAAAAUCCCCCAGGAAGAAAAAUUAGAAUAAACUAAUUAGAAAAAAAGGCAUUUAGCUUUGUAUAAGCCAAGUAAAGAACAAACUUAUAUCAUCAUAGAGCAUUCACAUUUCAAACAAAAAAAAAUCCAUUUAUUUUUUAUUGCGGACUUAUCCUUGUACUUUGACAAAUGCAUUGAUACUAUUGGCAAAAGGAAACAUUUUGAGUAAAUUGCACUGGAACAAAGGAUGUUUUAGUCAAACAACCAUAAAAACCCCAGAAGCUACACUGUUUCAAAGGGCAGAAAGUUCUAAACACAAGAGAUACAAAAUGGCUGUCAAGAAUAGUGAGCAAUUCAUAAUGCAUGUGAAUGCAUAAAACGUAUACCUUGUAACCAUUAAUAAGGUGACCAUGCCAUAAGAGGCGAUUCAAAAGUAUGAGCCACAGAGAAAACAUUUUGUUUAUAUAGAUUCAUGUAUAUACAACAGGAUUAUUAAGCAACAAACCAAUUUUUAACUUUAUGACACAUAAAGGAUAAUUUGCCAAAGUAUAAAUUGUUUUGAAUUCAAUGUGUAUUUCACAUAUUAUGCCAAAUUACCAAAAUGAAAACGUAGCUGAGUUGGAAUUUUUACAGUCUUUCUAUUUUGGCGUAAAUGUUGAAAGUUAUAUAACUUUGAAUUGUUACAAAUCAACACUUUAGUUAAUAAUCCUAUCAGGCUUGUAUUACACCCCUUGUUUAAUCAUUAUUUUCUGUUCUUUGCCAUAAAUAAAUUGAAACAAUACUCCAUAUCUUUGUUAAAAUAUUUUUUUUUCUUCUUGACAAACAUUUUUAAAGAUGCAACCACUACAUGACAUCACACAAUGGUCACAGUACGAACAUUGGAUUUCACUGCUUUAUGAGUUUCACAAGAUCAUUGUGAUUAGAAGAAAAAAACCCCAGAUCAAUAAAACCACUGGGACUUUUUCAAAUGCCGCGUCAGAUAUAAUUUAUUUCUCAGCAUCUUUAUAAUUGACCUAUACGAAAAAAUGCAAAUCCUAGCAAUAGAUGGAUGAUCAGACUAAUUUGGUGAUAUCCUUAGCACUCUGUUUUUUGAAAAUCGUUAUUUAUCAAAGACAUUGUUUAAAUUAAAUGCUCUUAUUCAAUGUGCAACACAUUUACAGAUACACAAUGCCAUUUAGACCUUUCAAAACAGCUAUAAAAUAGCUUAACUAUAAGAAAAAAAAGAAGGAAGGAAGGAAGAGAAAGUGAGAUUGACUAAAGGAUAAACAAGCCAAAUCCCUAUAUCGAAAGCCAUAAAGGGACCCUUGAAGCAUCAAAACAACUGUAUCUUAAUGAAGUGAUGUUGGUGUAUAGAUCAUGGCCCAGCUCUCCCACUGCUCAAUUCUUUGCAUUUAGGAAUAUAAUAAGUUUGUUUAGGUAGCCCUAGCCACACCUUCCCUGGCUGUGA